AUGCCCCCUGCCACGCUCCCUGUGCCCUGCGCUGUCACUUUAAAUCGUGACACAUUACAUCAUGGCUGGCCGCGGUGCAUUGUGGGGGAGGAGGGCAGGACGCCAUUUUCGCUGGGCAGCAGACAGAGGCGGAUACCGGCUACCAACAGCAGGCAGGAGGAUGAGCUCCGGAGCUCGGGCUGGCAGCUAGGAAGGCCCCGGCCCUGUGACAGAGAGCGGACUCCACCAUCACCGGCCGGCCGACACCGACAGCGGGACCAGCACCGACACCGACCGCAGACACUGACCGCAGAACGGUAAUGGGCACCGGGGAGGGAGAGAGGGGACCGAACCGGACUGGGUGUGGGGGGACCGGGGGAGAUGGGCAGGAUAGAGAGCCCAGGACCACCGCCCCAAUACAGGGGACAGGAGGGGAACAUGAUGCUAUGGAUGUCAUUCAGGGAGCAGACAGGAGAUGGAGAUGGGAUGGGAUAGGGCAUGGUACCUGGGGAGAGGGGGGGCAUGGUACCUGGAGAGAGGGGCAUGGCACCUGGGGAGGGAGGGGGGCAUGGUGCCUGGGGAGGGAGGGGGGCAUGGUACCUGGGAGGAGGGGCAUGGUACCUUGGGGAGAGAGGGGGGCAAGGGUACCUGGGGAGAGGGGGGCAUGGUACCUGGGGAGAGAGGGGGCAUGGGGCUCAGAGAGGGGGGGCAUGGUACCUGGGGAGAGAGGGGGGGGGUGCAUGGUGCUCUGGGAGAGGGGGGCAUGGUACCUGGGAGGGAGGGGGGGUGGUACUCUGGGAGGGAGGGGGGGCAUGGUACUGGGAGGGGGGAAUGGGAGGGAGGGGGGGGCAAGGGUGCCUUGGGAGGAGGGGGGCAUGGUGCCUGGGGAGAGGGGGGGCAUGGGUGCCUGGGGAGAGGGGGGGGGUGGUACCUGGGAGGAGGCAUGGUACCUGGGGAGAGGGGGGCAUGGUGCCUGGGGAGAGGGGGGGGAAGGCCUGGGAGGGGGGGGGUAUGGUACUUGGGAGAGGUAUAUGAGGGGGGGGGCAUGGCACAUGGAGAGGGGAUAGGGCAUGGCACAUGGAGAGGGGAUAGGGCAUGGCACAUGGAGAGGGGAUAGGGCAUGGCACAUGGAGGGCAUCCCUGUACUCCUCACAUACAGAGAUGGAUGAUUACUGCAUGUGCCAUUGCCAUUGAAUAGCUUGCUAGCUGUGUUCACGCAUGAUGUUACUGAUAAUCUGCUAAUGGGAGCCUGGGGAUGGAUAAGGGGGUACCUGGGGCCCCUGUGGGGGCCUGGUGGGUAGAUAUGGCGAGGGGGGCAGGGAGUUUUAUAUCAGGGGACCUGAUAAGGGGAAUCUGAUGUUUUCCUAUAGACUUUAUUCUUCUCUUUUUGUUAAUUCACUGAUGUUACGGCUGUUCUUCCUCAUUUCUGUUGAGUGGGGGUACCUGUGAUUAACAGUGACGUUUUAUUGUGCUGCAAAGGCUCUCUGUAUUGCAGGGGGUUUGCUUUAUCACAUGGCUGAUGGGUUAACCAUGUGAGUGCCUAACUAGAUUACCUCCAAACAGGGAAUGUUUGGUUAACCUUGGUUUAGCUGCAGAACAGCCAGGUGGCUAUUCAGUAUCAUUAUGACUUUUUAUUUUUUUUAUUUUAUGUAGUUAUUUUGUAUUUUAAGCAUUAUCUAUUGGCUGAAUAGGGUAUACAUUUUGUCCUUUAUUGCUUCUUGAACAUGCUGGGGAUGGCUGACAUUGCAGGUAUAGAUGACAAUAGCAAAUACAUUAUGUGCAGCUUCUAAUGUGAGGUUAGCUCUUUAACCGCCUUGUAAAUGGGGAAGAAGAAAUAAAGAACAAAACCCAAAAUCGAUGCACUGCUGCUCAGUCAUGUGACCUUCGAAAGGUUGUCUGUGUGGGUGUGCAGUACACACUGCUAGUUAUUUGUGUAGUUGUUAAUUGAGUAGUAUUGAUAGGUUUGCAAUAACCCAGGGCUAGUAGCAAUUGGAAUUAAAUAUCCACAAGCUGUAGGUUAUAACAUUCAUUUGUAAAGGGCUUGACGCUUUAAUUUGUCAUCAGAAAUGUGUGAUAUUGUGUAGCUUCUAUUAAUAAAUAAUACACUGUAUAACAGGAUAUUUGUAAUGGUGCAGGGAAGUCACAGCUUAGGCGGUAUGGUGCAGUCACUCCGAUUGCAUUUUGCCAUUUGCUCAGGAUCAACGUACGUCUUGAAGAUUCAGAUGUUGCAGUAACAUUAUGGUGACUGUAAUGUUGUGUAUGCUUCCAGUUCGUAUCUUAGCAUUAGUGUUUGUUUCUUGUCAUUCCAUCUCCUGGGAAUAUAUCUCUGCUUCAUUGCAACCUCUCAAUUAACCGCACUAACUGAACAAUUUAAUGGCACAGAGGCCUCAGCAGAGACAGCUAUCGCAGGCUUAGACACGUAUAUUGAAAAGAAUGAUCUGGAAUAUUACCCUGCAAUGCACUGAAAUAAUGACAUUAUUAAAAGGGAGUAUUCUUUCAUACGGUGUAAAAUCUGACUGUCAUUAAAUGCUACUGACUCACAAAUUCCGUCUAUAGUACUUUUAGUGGUGCGCAGCAGUAUUUUGUUGCGAUGGGCUGUGUGCUGAAGGCAAUUCUUGCGUUGAGAAAUAUACUUGUUAUCUUAGGGAUAUUGUGGAAUAUUGUGUUUUGGACUGAAGAAAUGAGUGAACAGUUUUAUUUCUGGAGACUAGGCGGAGGCAUGGGUGCGUAGGUGCAUGACAGAAUCUUUAGCAGAGAGGCUGAGCACUGGCACUUAAUAUCUAUUGCAGAGUUUUACUGUACUAGAAAGGAUCAGAGCAUGUUCCGAAUUCUGGGAUGUUCCUGACACACCCAGCUAGCGCUGUGAUGCAUGUGGGUCACUGUCAUCUAUCUACCUCCUCACACAAAGAGCAUGCUAUAACAAAGGCAGUCUCCUUAACCCUUCAGAAGAAUGAUUAAAACCUCUUACUCACACAGUGUGACACUUAAUCUGCUUUAUAUGCAAGUUUUGGGGACGGUUUAAACUGUUUUCAUUUUACGCCAUAUUAAAAUUCAGAGGAUGCCAAAGCUUUUAGGGCAUUUAAAUUAUGAUCUACAGCUGCACUGAAAAAUAGUCAUUAUUUCCUAAGGGUGCUUGUAUGAUUGACCAAUUAAAUCUAAUUUUCUGCUUCUUGGUUGUCAACAAUUGCUUGUUUUUAAUUUUUUAGGUUCCAAUUUUAAGUAUCAUGCUUCAUGAUAGAUAUCCUUUUGUUUCUUGAUCUAGGUUAUAAAGCAUUAUUUAUCUUGGCACUUCUAAAUGCAGCUCAAAUGGUAUGACUAUGGACUAGAGGUCAGUGGAUUUAAUAAAUUAAAGAACAACCUGAUUUUCAGAAAGCAGAGUUUUAUGUGAAAUGUUCCAAAAGGUGUCCGUUAUAUUUUGUGACCCUCUGAAACCCUGGGAGGUUUUGUACAUGAAUAUACGUGACACAGUGAUUGCGCCGUUUAUUUGGCAUAAUCAAUAGAAUUUAGAAUUUACUAAUAAUGAGAUUUUCUUGGCAUUAUUGCUGCUGCAAUGUAAUUCAAGGUUGCUCAUUGGGUUAUUUUAAUGAAUAUAAGACCAUUUUAUUAAUAGGAAUGAAAAUACGGUUUUGUGCAGGUCUCAUUGAAAUUUAGAAGCUUUUAUUUUUGUAGAUUAAGGACGAUCACUAAGUAUGUGAUAUGCUACAAACACCAUUCCGGUUUACAUUUUAAAUUUUUUUUUUUUUUUUUUAAGUAAAAUUAUCACACAUUUUGUAAUAUUAAUUCAUGGUUUGUCAAAUAAACAUUAGAUAUCUUUGUUACUUAUGGAUAAAAAAGGAGCCGGUUAUUUAAAAAAACAAAACAAAAAAUUUUUUAAUUUAAAACACGCACACAUUAAAAAUAAAUAUUUUUAACCUUCAAGUGUUCUUUUAAGUUUAUUGAUCAAAAUCUUUUGGAUUAAUUCAGCAAGCAAGAGAGAAAAAUCUGAUGUUGCAGGUAACUUUUGUCUGUCUUUCAGUUUUCGCUUCUAAUGGGAUAUGCUCAUCCAUAGUGAUCUGUAUGGUUGCUUUAAUAACUGUAUUAAAUGAUCAAUAAAACUGUGUCGUAUAACUUUUUUGUAUAUUCUACAGACCUCUUCAGUUUUCAAUACUUCUCUGCAGUACUUCAAACUUCUACAGCAGAGUAUGUUUAUCAGCUACACAAUAAAAAAUGCUACCUUUGACGUUGCUCUCCUCAGAUUAGGCAAGUAGUUUGAGGAAGAGGAUGAGGGCGUAGGUCACUCUGUGUAUAAUCUCAAGGCUAUUCUGGCUUUAGGUUAGUUUUGAAAGUACCAUCCUGAGCUAUUUAACAUUUUAAUAUACAGUAACUAUAAAGUAUGGAGGGCAUUAGAUGAGAUGGGACUUUUUAGAAUAUUGAUUCAGACCAGAGGUCAGUUUUAUUGAUUGUCCUUUUUAAAAAAUCACUACAGGAUCUCUGUAAAUUUUAUUAAGUUGAGAAAAAAGGUUAAACAACCCAAUGCUUUUUUUUUUUUUUCUUCUUCUUUAAAUCUUUCUCUUAAGGAGGUAAGGUAAAGAUUGUGUCCCUGUCAAACCUGGACAUGUUGAAUGUCACACCCAGAGACUUGCAUACCUACACACAGGUAAUGUGUGAUUCUCACGGUGUACCUCCUCGCAAACAGGAUUUGUAUGGUACAAUAAAUAACCUUUUAUCUAAUUUAACACCCUUCAUAAGAGUGUAGGAAGAUGUGGCAUAUAUUUGAAAAGCUAAUUAUCAGCCUGCUUGUUUUGUUAAUAAUAAUAAUAUAAUAAUAAUAAUAAUAACAAUAGAUUCAGAGAGUCAUAACAGAAUAGCAAAGGAAUUCAUUGCAAAAUGUUGCGAAUCUUCACAGUGGAAGGGCUACUACAAGCACCAUGGCCUUGAAGUGGUCCUAGUUCCUGGAGUUCACUAAAGUAAAUUAAAUUUUUUAAACCAGAAUAGUAAAAUUAAAGCAUAGUUGAGACAAUUUGUUAAUUUGACUUUAAACUUCGCUUUGACUUAUUAGGUUCUCCUAGGUUCCCCAUAACAUUGGGCAAGACCUUUCAUCAAAAUGCAAAUAUGGUUAUUUCCUCUCAGGAAACUACAUUUUUAUAUUUUAUUUAGACCAAAAUGGAGGCAUAGCUGACUAAAAUUUGAAAAUAUACUUUGAAUUGCCCACAAUUGAGUUUGAGUAAAACUGAGGGUUAUAUAGCUUCUAUUAACACUUCUGUUGUAAAGGGGACACUGUGCAGACCAUGGUUAAAGUCACUAGCUGUAUGUGACGGAUUAUUAACACAUCUGGGGAAACUUAUUAGAGUGUCACCAACACUUUUCCAUAAAAUAUUUGGCGAAUUUAUGGCAUUUCUUUUGUUCAAGUAAUAAAUCUGUUGUAACUUUUUUUUUUUUCAUCGGUUUUCUUUUGCCCCCUUAACCGCCAUUUUUGAACAUGCGCCAUUUUUUACCAAAGCAACUGAUUUCUGAAUAUUUCUCCUCCUGCAAAUUGAAAGAUUUUUUUUUUUCUUCAGCCACUGUAAGUUUUGGUGGUCUUAUGAAAUGGAAGUCUUAGUGAAAACUGGCAGAAUUUACUAUGAAGACCGCUGUCUAUUUUUAGAUUACUUUAAUAAAUACAAUCAAAGUAAUUUAACAGCUACUUUUCAGAAAACAUGUUUUAAUAUUCCCCAAAAUAGAGUUGAAAAAUCAGACAUUUCUCUCAAAAUACUUUUUGUAACACAAGUGAGGCACAAACAAGCUUGUACUUAUGAACUUAGGAUACUUUCUUUUUGCAUUUAGUAUAUAUCUGAAAAGUGCUUUUACAAGCUGUCUUCCUCAAUUUUGCCAAUUCAGGUCUAGGUUUUUAGCUUAAUUUCACACAGUGCAUCAGGAUGCCAGGACAUGGGGGAUAUUGAGAAGCGGAGGAUGUUUAGCAUGAACUUCUUUAGCACUUACAAAGGUGCACUCCUACGUCUUACCAGUAAUAACCUUUUUAUUUACUGCCUCAUGUGUUGAGUAAUUUAUCUACCAAGUAUUUGCCUGUGGUUGGCAUACAUGGUUUUUAAAGGACCACUAUAGGCACCCAGACCACUUCAGCUUAAUGAAGUGGUCUGGGUGCCAGGUCCAGUUAGGUUUAACCCUUUUUGCUGUAAACAUAGCAGUUUCAGAGCAACUACUAUGUUUACCUAUGGGUUAAAAUUGACAGCCGCUAGAGGCGCUUCCGCGCUUCUCACUGUGAUUUUCACAGUGAGCAGAUGCCAGCGUCCAUAGGAAAGCAUUGAGAAUGCUUUCUUAUGAGACUGGCUGAAUGCGCGCGCGGCUCUUGCCGCGCAUGCGCAUACAGCCGAUGACGGAAGAAGAGGGAGGAGAGUCCCAGCGCCGAGGGAGCCUGCCGCUGGGAGAAAAGGGUAAGGGAUUAACCCCUUCCUCCCCCUUCAGCGCCAUGGGAGUGGGACCCUGAGGGUGGGUGCACCCUCAGGGCACUAUAGUUCCAGGAAAACGAGUAUGUUUUCCUGGCACUAUAGUGGUCCUUUAAGCACAAAGUACAAUAACCACUGUAGCACACUGUCCCAACAAUGUUUAAAUGGUAUGACAAUUGCAUGGUCCUCUAAGCAUCUCAGGUAUCACUAGAGCGAAAAUCCUUAUCGUGCAUUAGUGUCCUCAACACAGCCAUUCUUUGAAUGGAAUUCCUUUGCUGAGAACUUUACCUAAUACCCUCAGCCAAUACAUUUGUCCAAAAAAUGUUUAAAGGAUCAGAUUAUUGACUUUUGGGGUCUACAACCUUUGCAAGAUCUCCCGUCUUUUUUUUUUUUUUCUUUCAGCACAGACUUUCAGGAAUACGCCAAUAAGAUGAUUCUCAACUGAGAAACCUCUCUACUGGAGCCUCGGACACAUGCAGGCUGCAUUCCUAUGCUUUUGAUGCUAUGAGUACCAUUAAAGGAAUACUAUAGGGUCAGGAACACACACAUGUAUUCCUGACCCUGUAGUGUUAAAACCACCAUCUAGCCCCCCCGCCUCCUUAAAUAUAGCAAAAUCUUACUUGUAUUCAAGCCUGAAGCUGUAGCUCUGCAUGCGGUUUUGUCUCAGAAAAGCAAGCAGUCUGCUGACAUCAUCAGAUAUGGUGGCCUGAUCCAAUCACAAUGCUUCACCAUAGGAUUGGCUGAGACUGACAGAGAUGCAGAUCAGGGGCAGAGCCAGCAUGAUUCAAACACAGCCCUGGCCAAUCAGCAUCUCCUCAUAGAGAUGAAUUGAAUCAAUGAAUCUCUAUGAGGAAAGUUCAGUGUCUGCAUGCAGAGGGAGGAGAUACUGAAUGUUGGGAUGCAUUUUAGGCAGCCAUGACCCAGGAAGGAUCUCUAACAGCCAUCUGAGUGGCCGCCAGUGAAGGUAUCACUAGGCUGUAAUGUAAACAAAGCCAGUGUUUACAGCAAAAAGCCUGAAGGUAAUGAUUCUACCCACCAGAACAAAUUCAAUAAGCUGUAGUUGUUCUGGUGACUAUAAUGUCUCUUUAAAUUGGGUAAUAGUAACAUCCCCUGGACAUACUUGGAAACCAUAGUAAUUUGUAUGUACCUUUGCUGGUUAAUUACAUUAUUAUUAUUAUUAUUAUUAUUAUUAUUAUUAUUAUUGUGUAGUGUUCCUUUAAAUCUAUAUGCCUUAUGUGAAAGUAAGUACUUCCAUUUAGCUAUAUCUAAGGAGCACUGUAGCUGAUUUGGGGAGUCUCCAAUUUGCUCUUGAACAUUUUGUUGGAUAUAAUUCGAGGCAUGCCAUUUUUUAAAAAUAUAAUUUUCCAUCAGAGAGAGAGAGAGAGGGGGGUACACCCAAUUAGUUCUGGUCAUUUCAAUUACUCUCACAUUAAAUUCUUUAACAAUGCCCAUUCAGGGAAUUUUGAGAACAUUCAGAAGCUGAAUUCAGUAGGAAGAUUAUCUUAUCUUUAUCUGUUCAAUAAAGUGGGGUUGUAACUAAAACUAAGAUUGCAGAAUAAUUUCUAUUUAUGAACCAGUCCUGUCUAUAAACAUUUCAGGUAUUAUGCGCAUUGAUAUGACACUUUCACUCAUAUAAAGGAACUGUCUUAAAAGCAUCGUAACUCCUACAGCCCAUUGACUAAAUCAUGGUGCUGGAGUUUGUCUGGAAUCUCACUGUGGAAGUGCCUCUAGUGGCUGUCUGGUAGGUAGCCACUAGAGUUCAUUUUAACCAUUUAUUGUGAACAUUGCUAUAUCUACUAAACAGUAAUGUUUUAUAUUAAAGGGUUAAAACAAAAGGACCAAUGCACCCAGACCGCUGUAUUGAGAUGUUGUUCUUUGUGCCAUUGAUGGUCCUUUAGUACUGAACAGAGACUGCACCAGACUGCUACCACACACCAUAACCACUUAUAUGAGGUGAUAUGGUUAAAAUGCCUAGAGUGUCCCUUUAACAGCACAACUCCUUUUUAAACUGCCAAAUAAUUCUCAAACUCAAACGUGGCUUAGAUACACAAUCCUGUAAAUAGUACUACAUGGUGCAGGUGUCAGAUUUGUAACCAUCAUCACCCUGCCAUUUUGUAGACACUGCUCCAGCUCUGCAGUAAGCUUCUUACAUGCAUGGAUGUCCUCCCUUUCCCUCACAGCGUACACCUCUACUGAACACUUAAUGCCAUUGUGUGAAGGAAAAAGCUGGGGGCAUGGAUACCUUUCCCUUAUUGCCAUGGAAACCUAUUGCCAAGGUUUUGAGUUACUAUGAAGUGCCUUUCAUUUGUUAGACAUUUUCCUUUUGAAUUUGCAAUACGAAAACACCAUGUGCUAUUUAACCUUUACUGGGAUAACGUGAUCCACCCAUCACAGGCCUUCCAGUUAUGCAGUGUGUGCAGGGACAAGGCUGCUGGCUCCAGCAGGCUGUAAGCGGUUAAUGAACGUGGGUGCCUGUGCUGCUGUGAAAACAUUGACAAUGGUAAUAAUGUUUGAAAAAAGCUUGUGUGUAUGGGUAUAGUAUUUAUAGAGAGAUGUGUUGACCCUUUAUCUACAAAAAUAUCUCUAAAUGGGCAAAUGGUAAAUUUCCCCUCCCCACCGCUGUUGCAGAACUCCCAUGUUUCUUUUAUAGCUUGCAAUAUUUUAUGGAUUUUGUAGUUCUGCAACUGUAGGAUUUGCUUCCAAAGCACCCUUGAUCUAGACUGCGAGAUCUGUUGUGGUUUUUAGCAUCAUCCAAAGUACUCGGCUGGCUAAGAAUCAUGGGACUUUUAGUCCAAGAACAACUUACAUGGAACAGUUGUCUAAUUUCAGAGAUGAUUUAUUGUUAUAGUGUAAAGCUCUUGAAUCUUCUAGCAGAAGAGAUUUCACUGACUAAAACUACCUUUGUUUUUGUUAAUAUCCUGCGAUUGAAAACGAAAAUUCUUUUUAUCAACAAUUUUCACUUCCUUCCCUAUUUGGAAGUAUCCCCUUGUGACGGGAGGAGAUGAUUCCGCUGGUGCAAUGUAUUUUUCUUUCUUUUUAAGGUUAUCCGUUUUAAAAAGACAGUAUUGCAUGUGUUUGAAGGCCCAGCAGUAUUCUCGAUAUGUGACAGCCUUUCUUGCUGUCUAUAGCACAGAGCAAUAUGUCUACAGACAAGAUUGCUAGUGCAAUAUGCAGAUUAAACUCGUGUUACAAGCUAGAGGCACACAUUUUGAAGGUGACAAGCUGGCUUUACAGACCUGAAGACAAUGGUAGGCAUCUUGACUCCAGGGACCUUGAAGACUCGACGGCACAUACUGCCGCUCAUCAUACUUACACUACAUUAGGAUCGGAGAUCCUGACAAGUAUUCUGCUCUAUUAUAGUCACAAUUUUCAAUUUAACUUUAAAACUGUUUAGUGAAUAAACCCAUAAUGAUUUGGACUGUGGACAAUUUACUAAAUAGUUCAUCCACUUUUUCAUUAAUAAUUAAAACCCAUGGUUAGGAUACCAAUAUGGAAUGCUGUGCACUGUACAUAAAGGCUGCGUUCUAACAGGAGAAAAACGAGUUUAGCAAGUGUCUUGCGUAUGGCAGUCUGAAAACCAAAGAUUUGGGGAAGCCACAAAAUAGAGCAACCGUGGUUUCUAAAAUUCUCUCAGAGAGAGAAUCUGUGUUCUUUUCCAUCAAAAUACUUUAGUUUUUUCCUCCAAAUUUAUCUAUUUUUCCUUCUAAAAACAUGCAUGACUAUAUCCAUCUCUAAUUAUGGCAUUAUAAUAAAACAAUAAAGGUAUGUAUGUAAUUAAGUCAUGCAAAUUUUAAAAAAGGAGUAAUCACCACCAAUAUAUUGUCUGCUGAUUAAAAAAUCUGUACAUUUUGAUAACUCACCAUGGAAACCAAUAUAAUCAGCAGACACGUUAUAUUAAUGAUUAAACCUUUGCACUAUAUUUAAGACAACUUGCCUAUCCCACAUUGUCACCCCCAACCCCCUUCUGUCUAUAUGUUGAUUGACCAGAGUGAAGCACAGAACUAACAAUGAUUUAAAAGGAGCCAAAAUCUAGACUUUCAGGAUAGAGCUAAAUGUAGUAUUACUUUAAACGCUCACAAUUUGUAAACCUAAAGACAAGAUUCCAUGGAUAGUGACCGUUCACUUUCGUUGAAAUAUUUCAAAUAGGCUUAUUGGGUUUGUAAAACAAGUCAGUGUUUUGUGCGAGUGCAACAUUUAGAGGGACUUUGAAGACAGAAAUCUGUCGAAGACCCCCUAAAGCUGUCUGCGUCUGAACAGUAUUCCUUGGGGGACACAAUUAAAUUCAGUGCUUGUUCAGCAUCAUGUGGCUUCAAAGUGCACAGUUUGACCGUAAAAAUGAGUCUUACUGGAGAUGGCCUCAUGGGAUUUGUUGCAGCUAAGUAACUAUUCUUGUGGAAAGGCAGCAAGCGGAAGAGUGUGCAGUGUGUGGCACCAUUUUAACAUUUAUUUUUCUCUAUUAUUAAAAUAAAUGAGGAGCUUUUCCUGUUCGUGACAGUUAUUUCUUUAUCUGCAGCCAUAUGUCUCCAUAUUGGCUGUGAAUUGGAGAUCUAAAACAAUCUUAUGUAAUGAUUUUUUUUUUUUUUUUUGUAGAUCAUGCAUUCCUAUUCUGUUGAAAGAGGUAGUGGUUGUUGUCCUAGGAGAGAGUCAAACUGUUUUCGAAUGGUUUGAAGCUUGCUUGGGUCCUAUGUAAAAUCCAUUAUUAUCCCAUACCGAGUAUUGAACAUCUAUGUGCACAGCUCAUUCCAAAAUGUCAAAAAAUUAUAAAUUUUAUUUUUCAUUUCUUUUUUUCAGUGCUGAUAGAGGUAAAGGCAGAAUAGACAGAAACACUAAUUAAACUAUACACUACAAUCUGCAUAUUUGCUAGCACUUUGGCUGGUGCUGAUACAGAUAGAACACUUUGUUUACAAAUGCCUUUGUGUUAUUUUUGCAUGACGGUCUUGAGUACAUAUAGUGAUCUUACAGUUAGCUUCUUGUUUGUGUAUUGUAUGGCUUUCCCAUGAUCUGUAAUAGUUUAUCUAAAAGUUUCAAAGUCUAACAUCGCUCAUAGAGCAUGCUGCUGCAAAGUAUUCUGAUGUCUUUUAUUUACAUUUUCUGGUGUAGCUUUCUGUAUUUUCCUUGCAGCUUUUUGCUAUUCAUUAUUUGUCUUCUUGUGACAGGAAAACCAUAUCCUGGAAAGUGUGUAUGUAAUUGUUGCCUGUAGGUAUGUUGGAAAAUGUGUUGGCAUCUUAUCUGUUAAAUGAUUUGGAUUAUCCCACAACGUAUGUUUCGGAGUUUGGGGAUAGAUGUCAUUUAAAAUAAAUUAAUAAAUAAAUAUAUAUAUAUAUAUAUUUUAUUUUUUAACCUGUUUUAAGAUUUGCAAUUCCCUGAUUAAUUCCCAACGAAUCGUUCUUUAGUAAAAAAACCUGGUCAUUCAUUUCUAAUCGGUCAAUCCUAUUUAGACACAGUUAGCCUUUACUUACACAUAACUAGUCACACACAAACUGCUGAAGUAGUCCAAAUGAACAUUUUUGCUUUCCUUGUCAUUUUUCUCAGCUUCUCAUGGUUUACAUUGCAUUUGAAUGUUUAUAUUUUAUCCCCCCUCUUCCUUCCUCCAUACACCCUUAAACAUGGCUAGACUCCAAUGGCUAGACUCAUUCACUCACACUUGCUGUAGGCAAGUGGAAAUGUAACUCUUGAAAGGGAAUAUUGUAGUCCCAGUCUUAGUUAUUCACUAGCUGCCUUAUCGCCAGUGCUUCCUGUAAUAACAGCGGCAGUUUGUGCUUUCAGCCAAUGAGCUGGCCCACCCGGCUUGGUUUAGAGGAUCCUGCUGAAGUUCCAUGCUAGAUUUUCUGGCACCCAAAAGAAUCCAGAUAAGUUGUCAGAACCUUAUCAAACAGUUUAACUUAUGUUCAAACCAUCAUUUAGGUGGCUUGCCCCUUCUUGCCCUCCUUAAAAGGUAAGGAAAUAUAACUUAUUUCCACUAUUUUGGCAUUAACUUGUCGUCCCCUGAUCAAACUCCUUGGCUGACAUCAUCAGAAUUGAUGACUUCAGCCAAUCCAAUGCUUUCCAAUAUGAAAGAUUUGUGUUGGCUGAUGUCAUCAAAGUGACCGAGCCAAAUGCCGGCCUGGCCAUUCAUCAUCUACUCAGUGAGGAAAGUUGUCUCCAUGCAGAGGGUGGUGAUACUGAAUGGCACUCUCACUGUGCAGCAUUGCCUCAGGAAGCACCUCUAGCAGCCAUAUGAGGAGUGGCCAGUGGAGAUGUUCCUAGGCUGUAAUGUAAACACAGGCCUUUUUCUAAAAAAAAAAUAGUGUUCACUGCAAAAAUCAUGCAAGGACUGAUUAUAUUCACCAGAACAACUACAUUAAGCACUGUAACAAUUCUCACUGUAAUAAAUAAUCCUGAUAGUUGUAUGCUUAGCUGAAGAAUUCAGCUUCUGCCAUUAGCCUCAAUCAAUAUACCACAGCUGUGUCCAUGUAGUGUAAUCUGUGUGUGCACCCACGCUCUCUUGCAGUCAGUUCAUGCUAAGCAUUGUGGGAAAACCCACUGCAUAAAUAAAUCAUGAGUUGUAUAUCUCCUAUUUAAAUAUAAAUUUCCUGUCAUUUCAUGAAGGCAGAGUACAUUUUGACAUACCGUAAGAGGAUCUUUACAUUAUUUUUUUAAAGUGCAACAUAAUGGGGAUAAAUGAACAAAAGUCCUCAUGUAAUGUGUAAUCGAGUUUUAUUGGGACCAAGGACCAUUAUAUUUGCAUUAAAUUAGCUGUGGUUCCAUAUUGACGUGCAAACCAGGUUAUUACAUUUUGAUUUACUGGCAACAACCACCUGCAAUGCAUCAAUUUUCUUUGUAGGGGUUAAACUACAGUUGUGAUGUGGCUGCUGCAACCUGUAUAGAAUGUAACAAGCAUGGGGAUGAAUCUUAACGUGUAUCUCAUUGAAUUGUAAAAGAGACAAAGAGAUUACAAAUUGGCUGUGAUGGAGAACAGGGAGAUUUGCAGAGCUGUCAUCGAAUGUGUUUUACACGUUAGUGGUUUCUUCUGAAGUUCUGGUAACUGUAGUUUGAAGGCGUAAUCCAAGUUGUAUGACCAACCAUCAUAUUGCGGGUGCCUUGGACUACCUCUCCCAUGAUGCUCGGUGACCUGAUUCUAAAUUUGAUGAUUACAAUAAUUAUUUUCUUAAGAAGGGGGUCACAUUUUAAAAUGUAUUUAUUAAGUUUCAUAAUAUUGUUUAAAAUGAAAUGAUUGGUGGACGUUCAAUGAUGAGACUCGUGUGGAUUUCAAAAAAUGGAGUUUGUGGGUUGAAAGGGAAUCCCUGCUGGUCCCCUGGUGUGCAUUCACAGGUGCCACCAAAAAUUACAUAAGCAGUGAUAUUUCUCUUCAAUUCCCAGUUGCACAAAUGGGAAGGAGAUGUCAUUAGUCAAACCUAGAGCUAGAUUUGUUAACUGACGCAAUGGGAUUGGCUGGUUUUAAAGCAAAUCAAUCCCUGCACAGAGCAGAGACAUCUGCUACGUCUGUUAUUGAAACCUCGAUGGUGCCUGGUAUAUCUUCUUAUGCUUUACUGAACACCCAUGAGCAGUGCAAGGUAUUAUUAUUUAUUAGUAGUAGUCGUAUUUAUAUAGCGCCAACAUUGUCAGCAGCACUGCAAUUAUAGUAUGGGAAUAUUUAAAGGUUCUGAUCAUACAAUCAUGAAUGAAGACAUUUGUUGGCACCUACAUAACUUUCCACCUACCUUUUUUCAAGGAAGAAUGAGGAACUGGACUUUUAAUAUUGGACGUCAUUUGCCCUGGUGGGUGUUUUUUCUGCUCCUGUAAUGCAUUUAUUUAUUUUCAGUCCUGUACCAAAAAUGGACGUCUUGCAGCUCUUGGCUGCAUAAUUGAAACGUUAAGUUGCUUCCAUGUAGAGAGAGACUGCAAGACUUUAUUUAUUUUAUAGAUUGUUUUGUCGGCUGUUAGAAUUUGAAUCUGACGUUAAAUUGAUUCCCGUCCCCUUUCCUAUAGACUGCAAGUAUUUUUUUUUAUUUUUCUUUGCUGCUAAUGCAGUUAGAUGUGUGGAUGUAAAUGGAGUGGUGCGAUCAAUGUAACAUUCACAAGAUAUUUUAGUUCUUGUAAUACAUUGUAUAUGCAUUGCGUCAGUGGUUGUUGCCAUCUGAAACGGCAUCUGGCUUAAUGGAGCGAUGAGUCAUAUCUCUGCUGGUUACUUUAGAUUCUAAUAAGCUGAUCUCUGGAUACCUGCGUAAUGUUUUAGCGGAUGUUGUAAGUUCCUUGUGGCUCCAUGUAUGUCUAUGAUGGCCAAAUAGUAGAUCCCCAUGGUUAACUCCCAUGAUACAAGGCUCUCAAAAAAAUUGUUAGGCAAAAUCAGAUGCUGCUAAUGUUUGUUAGGCUAAAGUAUUUUGUUUUUUGUGUGUGGUUUUAUUUGCAGGAUUAGGCAAGUCCUGUACUGUAAACAGGUGACUUUCAUUAUUUUUAUUUCGAAAGUACCGGUAAAUGAAACUUCCUGUUUUUCUUACAUUUGUUUAAUAUUGCAAAACACCAUAUUUGAUGUUUGUGUAUAUAUAAAGCACCAUGUCCAAUAUGUGGGUCCGACUAGUAUUCAUUUGCCCCUUUUCUAUUUAUUGUUAGUUUUAUGUAAUUUUAUUCACCAAACUCUCUCAUUGCUCACUUUACUAAAUUCUCACAAGCAACUUUUACUCUGUGAUAUUUUCUGCCAUGUUUGUCUUCUGUCUGUCUUGUAUCCUUCUAUUUCUCCAUAAAUUUGUAUCAGUAAAAUGGAAUGCAGUGAUCAUUACAUGAGGUAUGAAAGGAGCCCCUGAUAUCUGAACGUACGUGUCUACACUACAGAAUGUUUUAAAUCUAUCUACUUGCUUUUUUAAUAUUCAUAAUGACACAAAUAUCUGGAUAUUUCAGGUGACCUAAUCUUUACCUUGCAGAAUGUAUGACAACAUGUCCACAAUGGUUUACCUAAAGGAAGACAAGUUGGAGAAACUCACCCAAGAUGAAAUUAUUUCAAAGACCAAGCAGGUGAUCCAAGGUUUGGAGGCCUUGAAGAACGAGCAUAAUUCCAUCCUUCAGAGCCUCCUGGAAACUCUGAAGUGCUUAAAGAAAGAUGAUGAGAGCAACUUGGUGGAAGAGAAGUCCAACAUGAUCCGCAAGUCUCUGGAAAUGCUGGAACUAGGACUGAGUGAAGCACAGGUACAUUUGUAACUUUGUGUAUUGGGAACAUGUAUAUCCGGGCUUGGGUUAUAGAACUUUACAUGGCUGUACUGAAGCCAAAAAAUGUGCGUCGAUGCCAAUUUUAAAAAAUUUUUUUUAUCACAGGUAAUGAUGGCAUUAUCAAACCAUCUGAACGCGGUGGAGUCUGAGAAACAGAAGCUGAGAGCUCAAGUGCGUCGGCUCUGCCAGGAAAAUCAGUGGCUGCGGGACGAGUUGGCCAGUACACAGCAGAAGCUGCAGAGGAGUGAGCAGUCUGUGGCCCAACUCGAAGAAGAGAAGAAACACCUAGAGUUUAUGAAUCAGCUGAAAAAAUAUGAUGAUGAUAUUUCUCCUUCAGUACGUAGAUUUUCCAUAUUUUAUGAUUCAUGUGUGUUCAUUUUUAUGACAGAUGUGUUCUAAGGCUGCAAGUAUCUCUUCUAUUAGGAUUUAUUGAGUUUUUUUUUUUUAAUGGGGAAGUGAAGUAAGUGUGAUCAAUAAAGAAUUUCAAUUUACAAUAAAUGGGACUGCACUCACUAAGUAGAAGGGUUUUCCAAAACGUAGCUGGCUACAUACCUUAUUAUUAUUAUUAUUAUUAUUAUUAUUAUUAUUAUUAUUUAAACUGAUGCAAUGUUUCGGUCCCAGUCAGCUUAAGAGGGGCCGUGACUGGGGCAGAAAUAGCUGUCAUUCGAUUUAACCCUUUGAGUGCCCAUGCAGCUUUUAGCCUUAUACGCUAUAAAGCAGAGGUGCCCAAAAGGUAGAUCCCCAUAUGUUUUAAAACUACAUCUUCCAUGAUCCUUUUUUUCCUAAUAUAAUUCUAAAAGCAUUGUGGGAAUUGUAGUUCUACAACAUAUGGGGAUCUAAGUUUUGGGCACCCCUGCUGUAAAGAAUUUUAGUGAGAGGAUGCUGCUAUAGUGUGGUUGAAGUGAAGGCUGAGGUUUAUUACCCUUCUAUCUCACUUUUUGUGGCAGUACUGUAACAUCUAAAAUAAAGAGAACAAUUGGCCAAUGCAAACACCUGUAAGGCUAAAAGUAAUUAUGCCAAAUAGUGCAUGUCUUUAUGAUGAAUUGAGCUGCUCAAAACUUAUUUCACUAAAAGUAUUAAAAAUUAUCUUGGGCUACCAAUAUAUUGUUUAUAUAGAUCAGUUCCUUUGUUAUGAUAUUGAGUAUUUUGGGUAGUUGGCAAUACUCCAUAUCCCAAGGGGUAGACAACCUUCUGCACUCCAGAUGUUGUGGCCUACAUCUCCCAUAAUCCUUCCUGGUAAAAUAUUUCAUAAAAUAAUCCUGUUAAAACCGUAAUGCUGGCAAAGCAUCAGGGAAGAUGGAGUCCACACCAUCUGGAGCUCUGAACGUCGCCUAACCCUGCCAUAGCACAUUAAUGACCUUAGCAGUGUGGGUAAGUCACUGCAAACUGGUUCUGAAUGGUGAGUGAUGUACUCCCUUCUCUUUAUCUUAUAUAUAGGGUGAGGUAGAGGCAAAAAAUGCCUACAAAAUUCAAAAUAUAAACCAAGAAAAAAAAUAGACAUGUACUGCAGAUACUGCACACUGAAGUCCCAACAGUGUAUAUACAACCAAAAAAGAAACACGUGUUAUGUGUGCACACCCAGGUGCUAUCACAAUUUAUUUGAGGACAAAGUUAAUGCAGCAAACGUUUCGAGCAGCAGCCCUUUCUCAAUGCUAAUGGCCCAUGUAGACAUUAGCAUUGAGAAAGGGCUGCUGCUCGAAACGUUUGCUGCAUUAAUUUUGUCCUCAAAUAAAUUGUGGUAGCACCUGGGUGUGCAAGCCGAUACUGGAUGCGCAGGACAACUGUUUGUUUUUUGGUUCUCUUUAUCUUAUAAGCAAACACUCACUUCUGGCUUUUUUUAUUUAUUAAAGGAAAACCACAACACAUUUAAAAAAAAAUUUUUUUUAUUUUUUUUAUUUUAACAAAAGAAUGAAAAUGACCUUGGUUAUGAUGGAUUAUUAAGUGGAACUUUGCACAUAUUUGUUUUUGUAAAAUGUAUCUGCUGGAAACCGUAAGACCCUUGUAGUUUUGUUUGAUACACACAAACAUGCUAACAAUCUGGUAUUAAAAGAACAGCAAUUCUAAGAAAUUAAAAUCUAUGAUCUUGGACGGUCACUGUGCUGCGUAAAAUGAGACUUCUGCCUCAUCUAGUGGAUCAGAUUAAUGGAUGUUGAAUGUGUUACUGUCGAUGAGAUUAGCAUUGGACCAUGCAUAGAGAGCGAGUGAGAGUGUGUGUGUAUUUGUGCAAUGUUUGGUAAUGGCGACAAGCUCCAAUCACCUACAGCCAAGGGAAAAGCCAGGCCACGGGAUGUUCCAAUCCUAGAAAUCAUCUCACAAUAGAAUUACAGUGGAAAAGGAGUUUUAUUUACACCAAAACCGAUAGCCGCACAGGUGGAGCCACAAAAUGUAGGAAAGAUAAUUAAGGACCUAUGGGUCGGAAAUCCAUUAGAAUGUUUUGUAGCUCCCUCAAUGUUUUUUUUUUGUUUGUUUAUCUGAUUUGGUGCUAUUAAAACUUUUACAUUUACUGCUUGAUAGUCCUUGGGCCUGCUUUCUGCAGUGCUUUGUGACCCAAUACAACAUUGACCUGUGUCGAGUUACUGGUAUUGUGAUAAUGCUGCAUUAACUAACUUGGUUUAAAUACGUUUGCUUCCUUUUGGCUGUUUUUGCAUUUGAAUAGCUGUAUAGAAGAUUAAAAUAUUCUGGGUAUUGACUCUGCUAAAUUGGAUCUUGCUUGCUGACUCUGCAUAGUUAAUGACAUUGUUAGCAAUGCUGAGCCAACAUUAGCAUGAGCAUCUUUCAGCAUUUUAAUGUACCCUUUUUUUUAUUUUAUUUUUAUAGGAUGACAAAGACAGUGAUUCUUCAAAGGAGCCGCUGGAUGAUCUGUUCCCUAAUGACGAUGAUGAUCAGGGUCCAGGAAGUAAGUGUUUUGCGCAUCAAACCGUUUUGUCUGUUUUCACCAUGAGUUAAAAGUGUACCAGCUAUCCAAAAAUGAUAUGGGUAUCGUUGAUGAGAAUUGCAUUCCGGUUUAGUUCCUUGACUUACCUGUUUAGGUAUGUGCACACUCUGCAGCUCCUUCUCACCUCUUGUCCUCAAGCUGUCUGGGGGUUCCUUCCUGUUUUUUUUAAUUUAUUUUAUUGGUGGUAUUCUUCAGAAUCCAGUUGUCAUUGUUUUAUAUUUUUGUUUGCAUGUAGAUACUGACAUUAGUCUUAAUUGUGGUGGGAACAAAGACCACAUUACGUAAAUUCGUUAAACUAUUUCUAGCUACACAUUUUGGUAAAAUUGGAACUUGGCCAUAGUUUAAUGAUAUAAAUAUCUUGGUACUUAUUGGAACAAAUCUAUUAUUUGUGUAGAGACUGCUAUAAAGGAUAAAUAGUAGUGGUGGGUGGUCCACCGUGUGAAGCAGAAAGGUUAACAAAAACCAGAGCAUUGUGACAUUUGGAUUAAGCGGCGUUAGUAACGUUACGAAGCUGUGAACAGGCUUAUGGUCGGAAGAGAGAAUUGGGGUCAGUUGUAGUGCAGAUUAAAAACUGUAGGGGGUGUGUACUGACUAAGGUUAGAAAUUAGUCAUCCAUGGGCUGGUUAGAUGAUAAGAUGACAUUUAAAUAAAGUAAGAUCAAGGAAAUGGAGAAAUGCCAAAAUAUUGGAAUAUUUCAAGACAUUUCCAUGAAUUUGAAUAGAGGUAUGAAGAAGAUUGACAGGAUAUUGCUAAUAUGUGCAGAGAGAUUUUCACCAGUUUAAUGUUAGUUGGGCUGUAGCUAUAAGACUCCCAUCAGUCAGGGAUGUUCUCUAUUUCUGUUAAAGAUCCAUCCAACUUGUGUGGUGGUAGUCUCAUGCAUACUAAGCACAUCUCUCCCCUCCUGUCCUGCUCUGGAGGGAACCUGAGCAAUGACAGUGCUGUACACUAUGAAAGUCACAAACCUCUAAACGGGGCUGUGAAUAGGCUUAUCUUUUGACAGAACAUUACUGCAUUAUGGAAAAUAAUUUAAUAAAAGAUCAUGUGUUGCAAUAAUAGAACAUAUGAAAUGUUUUAGAAUUUUUUUUUGUCUUGGGUGAGAGUAAGAGAUGCAACACACAAACAUACAGCGAGCACAUGCUCAUAUACACAUAACGUGCUGUACAAAAAAAAAAAUAUCUAUAUAUCUCACACGUGCUCCUCAAAAGUGGGUAGAAAUAUUUAAAAUAAAAACUACCGUUAUAGUACAAUAGAUUGUAAGAAGCUCCUUUUAAGUCUUCUUAAUAGAAAUGUGAGAAAUACAAUCUAAAAAACUCCAAGACUGCGCUGGAGGUUAAAAUGCACUCACAAGAUAAUAGAUUGCAGGCGUAUAAGUAAUCUUAAAGGUGGAAGGAGCUUGUUCAUCUUCUCUCUCGAUCUUAAAUCGGGGUUAAGAGAGAGACACAGACAUAGUGCACCAAUAUAAUAACUUGAUAAGUAUUUAUUUAGAUUGCAGUCACAGAAUCAAUAUGUAAAUCGAGCAUAUCACUAAACCAAUCCCUAGGGACCACGGACUUGGAUGGAAUCCGUUGGGGUCGGGAACAAGGUGUGAAGCAGCCAAAAAACAUACACAAAUAAUAAAAAAAAAAGUUUAAAAACUAAAGUGCUGAAUGAGUCUCUCCUCCCUAUGCGUUUCGUCCUGGGUCGGACUUCAUCAGGGGAAAUUGAAGAUGUCUUCAAUUGUCGGUGUCUCUCUCAUAACCCUUAUUUAAGGUCGAGAGAAGAUCAAGCUCCUUCCAUCUUUGAUGCCUUAUAUGCCUGCAAUCUUAUCUUGUGAGUGCGUAUUAGCCUCCAGCGCAGUCUUGGUGUUUUUAUAUACUGAACCGUUAUUUAUUUUUAUUUCUAGAUUGUAUUUAUUACACACACACAAGAUGCUGUCAGCACUGGCGUAUGUGAACAGACCGCACAGAGUCGGCACACACAUGCAUGAGCCCACAAACAUGGGGGAGGACAUGGGGCGAGACAUAAAACUCCAAAUGUUUGCACAAUUAAUUGUUGGAGUAUUUUUCUAGACAAGCUAUUUCGCACUCAGAUUUUUCUUUAUUGGUUGAAGGAACACUAUAGGGUCAGGAAAACAUAUGUAUGUUAACAACACUAUCCUCCUCGGCUGAAUGCGCACACGCGGCAAGAGCCGCGCGCGCAUUCAGCCAGUCUCAUAGGAAAGCAUUCUCAAUGCUUUCCCAUGGACUCUGGCGUCUUCUCACUGUGAAAAUCGCAGUGAAAAGCGCCUCUAGCGCUGUAUCCCUAGGCUGUAAUGUAAACACAGGCCUUUUGAUGUAAAUACGGAAGGGAAAUGAACUACAUUAAAGGGACACUCCAGGCACCUAGACCACUUCUGACCACUUCGGUCCCACUACCCUUAACCCUGCAAGUGUAAUUAUUGCAGCUUUCAUAAACUGCAAUAUUUACCUUGCAGGGUUAACUCCUCCUCUAGUGGCUGUCUACUAGACAGCCACUAGAGGGCACUUCCGCGUUUUUAGCACACGAAAAGUGUGCUAUAGCGUCGCUGGAUGUCCACACACUAUGUAAGGACCUCCUGCGUCGCUGAAAUCCUCAAUGCUUUCCUAUGGGGAUAGACAAAAAAUGGAGUUCUGAGCAUCAAGUAGGUAGUGCACACCCAGGUGCUACUGCAGUUUAUUAGAGUACACAAUAUAAACAAACGUUUCGGGCAACAAGCCCUUCCUCAGUGCUAAUGGGGAAGGGCUUGUUGCCCGAAAAGUUUGUUUAUAUUGUGUCCUCUAAUAAACUGCAGUAGCACCUGGGUGUGCACUACCUACUUGAUGCGCAGAACUCCAUUUUUUUUGUCUAUCUGCUUGUUACACUGUUGGAACUAAAGUAAGGAGACCCUGCAGCUCGGAUUUAACUGUUCAUUACUGUAUUCUUUAUCUUUGAUAAUCGGUGGGCAUCAUUGAUGACUCUGCCUCAUCCUAUGCAUAGUGCUUUACUAUGGGGAGGCUUAAUGCAAUGGUGCGCACGCGCAUUAGGUCUCCACCCCCCUCUCCCCCGCCGGCGGCAGCGCAUGCUCAAUAGGUCUCCCUCCCUGACCUAUUUUGUGUCAGGGCAAGUAGAAUGUCAGUGGCUACUGCACAGGGGUUUAUUGUAUAAGGGGGGGAAAAAAACACCCCACAAACCAGCAUUAGACUCUUGGAGGGUUUUUCUCUCUUGCCAGUGCAAGUACAGGAACUUUACAAACAUUCUAGGUAUUUUAAAAAUAUUUUUAUGUAUUUAAUUGGCAUGGAUUUAAAUGCAUUCUCUAUGUUAAGCAUUACAAAAAGUGAAAUAAUGUAAACCGCCGUUUCACGAAUAUCGCUGAUGUAGUCUUAAUCUCAUAAACUGAUAUUUGAUUUUCGUACAGUGCAACAACAACACAGUAGCGCUGCAGCUGCUGCCCAGCAAGGAGGAUAUGAAAUCCCUGCCAGACUAAGGACCCUGCAUAAUCUGGUGAUUCAGUAUGCCUCCCAGGGCAGGUACGAAGUUGCCGUGCCUCUCUGCAAGCAAGCUCUUGAAGACCUGGAGAAGACCUCUGGCCAUGAUCACCCUGAUGUCGCCACAAUGCUCAAUAUACUGGCUCUGGUCUACAGGUUGGUGUCGUUUUCUAAUCUGUUUGAAUGUUAAAUAGAUUAAUCCCAUCUAAAUGUUUUCCUUGUGUGACUAUGGAGCAUGUUAUCGUUGGUUUUGAAAGGGUACGUCUUGUUGGGCGUAUUUACAGGAAUUGACGGAAAAUUUACAUUGUCAUGAAUAGGACAAAUGUAUUUUACAGCACCAAGUUACAUGGAUCCUGUAUGCUUUGCUAGCCAAAUUAUCUGCGAUAGCGUUGAUUUGUUUCUUGUUCUUCAUACAGUCAAGAGUCGGGCAUCAUAAGUACUGCAUACCGAUGUAGUGUUAUGGUACUAUUAGGCUGCGGGUGUGUCCCUCUCUUGCUGGUCCAUAUUUUGAGCAAUUUGAUCAAAACUGGUCCGUGAGGACCCUUAGACCUUGCUCUCCCAUUCUGAUGUAAAUAUCAAUAAAGCAAUAUUUAGUUCAUAUUUGGAUGGUAAUGAUUGACUUAGUGUGACCUUGAAAUGAAGACUUUUAAUUUUCCCUUUGUUCUGAUCCAUUCCUCCCCUCCUGAAAUCACAAUCACUGUGGAAACAUGUUUUUUAUAUUAUUUUCUUAAUUUCUAGAGAAUAUAUUUUGAAUUGUAAAAUAAGCUUAACAUGUUUUUAUCAUCCAAAUUUUAUUUCAGGGAUCAGAAUAAAUAUAAGGAUGCCGCAAACCUACUAAAUGAUGCCUUGGCAAUCCGUGAGAAAACUUUGGGCAAAGAUCACCCAGCAGUAAGUAACUGGAGGAUACUUUCUUUACAAUGCCACGUGUAUCUGUUUGUUACAUUCUGCGCACCGUUUAAGUUUUAAUAUUAAACUCAACAGGCAAGGUUGCAUGUGAACUGGCUGUCGAGUAGAGGAGAAGGUAGGUCUUCUCAAAGCCCCCAAAGCUGGUUUACCAAUCACAACUUCUCUGCAUUGCAGCUUAGACUUGUCAUCCUUUUUAAAGCAGCAGUACUACCUGCAAUAUUUUAAGACGCAGAUACUAGCAGGAAAAUAUUUCUGUUCCACUGGUCUAGGACAACAUCCAUAUGUAUAUUGGUGUAUUAACUUCCUGUACAGCUAGCUUGUUUGGAAACACCUUAUUUCUAAUUUGAAGUAUUUUUGUACUAUACAUACAUACUAGAAAGAGUUUAAAGGAGAUUUGUUUUUUCAGGUUGAAUAAAUUAGUCAUGUAAAACGGGUAGAGGGAGCAGAUUGGUUGAAAAGUCUAUUUGCUAUGGCAGCAGAAAAAUCUUUAUUUUUAUUUUUUUUAUGUAAAACCUUUUUUGAAAUUAUUUUUGUUAUGUAUGUAAAUCAGAGGAGACGUCUGCUUCCUCUUUACUUUUAAUACACUGUUAAUAUUCAGUCCUAGCAACACCUUUAGAUGACGUCCCUAUUUUGCACUUUUUGUUAUAGACAAAUGUGUUUAUUCUUAAGCAAAAUUGUUUCCAUUGCACUAGAUUUUGUAACCUGUGAUGAAUAGAAUCAACAAGGCCUUGUUCCUUCUAAUUUUAAAUCAAGGUUAGGCAGCUCCAGCCUUGUUGUUUUUGUGACUCUGUCAUAGAUAGCAAUGUUGUGUAUUAACUAUUACUGCACAUGAGGGAUUUUUUUAAAUCUAUUGAUUAGCACAAUUGGAGUUUCAAGGCAUUUUGUCAUGAAGGGAUAUUGCAUUAAUAAGUGGCAGUUAGAGCUAAACUUUUCAUUCCAUUUUUCUUUUCCCCAUUUUUAAAACACAAAACUGAAUAACAGGAGACUUUACCUAGAGCAGGGAGCACUGCUGCUUUACAGGAUUCACUUGAAUUUCAUUCUUUUAAAAUAUAUGUAUUUUUGAAAUCAUUGCAUGCAAUAGCAAAACUCUUCUGAAAUUAUUUUAAUGUGAUUUUCUUACAAAUCUGCAUAGAUAUAUUUAAAGGAAAAUUAAAAACAAAAAUGACACCAUUCUCUGUAGAAUUCUUUAUGUCAAAGGUAAAUUCUGAAAACCGAAAUAGGAUUUUGUAUUUACUAUUUUAACAUCCAUGUGAUAUCAACUGGUGCCAGGUGUCUUUACAGAAGCCCAACAAGACUGCACAUAUAUGUUGUAAUUAAAGAAGGUGUUAGCACUAUUGUACAUGAAUCAACAUGACAAUGGAAACGGGCUACACCUAGAGUGUAAGGCUGACUGAAAGAAGGUUAAAAUGUUAGGACGCUUGGAUGGAAAAAAUAGCCUUUUUUUUAGUUCAGUUGUGGACGAUUUCAAAUUGUAAUGCUUCAAACAAUUAUUCUUACUACUCUGUAAGUUAGAACAUCUUUCCAUGUUUAAUCAUAUUCUUCAAUCCUCUGUAAUCUGAACACUUUAAAUUGUCAAUGUUUUACUGUUCCCUGAUUUGCAAAUUGUUUCCAAUAUGUAGACUUCGGGUUGGAUAAUAUGCAGCUUUCAAACUUCUUUGAUCUCCUCCUGUCAUUCUGAGAAGGGAGACGGUAUUGGUGGCUUACAGAUUGCAAAGACCGUCUCGCUCUUAUAGCAUGCAUACAUCGAUCCUAUUAGCACAUUUUAAAUGAACACUUGAUUUAAAAAUUGUGUUGCUAAAUCUUUUCUGUGCGGGUAUUCAGCUAUUUCUUUUCUUUGUUUAGGUUGCAGCCACCCUUAAUAACCUUGCAGUGCUUUAUGGAAAGAGAGGAAAAUACAGGGAAGCAGAGCCUUUGUGUAAAAGAGCUCUGGAGAUCCGGGAAAAGGUAAUUUUCUAAUAUGAAAUAACAACCAUUCAUUGCUAAUACACAAGGAGCGGUCCUACACCUUCAUUGGUUUCCGUUCACUGGCCAAUUUAUCCGUAAACCUGUUAAGUCAGUUCUGUGUGUCAGAAACAAUGACUUCAGAAUGAUUUACUGCGACAACAAAGAUUUUAAAGCAACUUAACGCUGUUCCUAUAACUCUGAUCCUGCUGUAUGUCUUCCAUACAAUUCUUAAUUAUUUUACUAUUGUUGCCUCCCUUGGUCAUCUGAAUGUAUAUGCAUUCUCUUGCAUUUCUGAUUUCUGGGUGUGAAAACUAGUGCAGUGAGUUAGGGUGGGGGUGCAGAAUUUUUGACUAUAAAACAGCCUACGGAUUAGUGUGUAUUUAUUUGGGUGGCUGAAAAGCUUGACUAUAAAGUGGGCCUGUCAUUUACAAAAUGUAUGACUAACAAGGCCAGCUUCAGGUGAGUAUACAGUAAUCCCUUGUGAAGAGCUUAGGCAUGUCCCUUUACAUUUUGAUGUGCAAGCUGUGUAUGAUGGAGCAGUGCGUCUAUAGAAUGAGCUUGUGAUAAAUGCACUGAUUGCAUACUAUAUCGACCUAAUACUUACUUCUGGCUAAUGAAAUACCUUUCUCUCCAACAACGGCCUGUGAUCAGAAUCCUCCACUUAGUUUUGUGAUUUUUUUAUUUUUUUAUUUUUUUUAAGUAAAACCACAAAUACUUAUGACAACUCUAGGUUAGCCAUUGCAAUGUACUCUAAAAUCUUUCUAAUGAUUGUAUUUAGUGAUGAUUCCUACAAAUAUGUAUUCCUAAUAUUACAGUUCCUUAUUAUUAUUAUUUUAUUUUUUAAAGAGAUAUCCCUUACCAAUAUUGAGUAAAAUCGUUUUACUCACGUUAGUUCCAUGCCCCUCCGGUCCUUCCACGGUUCCUUCUCUGGCUAAAAUCAUUAGUUUAUCUGUCAAUCCAUUGCUUCCUCAUAAGGUAACAUUAAAGGACCACUCUAGGCACCCAGACCACUUCAGCUUAAUGAAGUGGUCUGGGUGCCAGGUCCAGCUAGGGUUAACCCAUUUUUUCAUAAACAUAGCAGUUUCAGAGAAACUGCUAUGUUUAUGAAUGGGUUAAGCCUUCCCCCUAAUCCUCUAGUGGCUGUCUCAUUGACAGCCACUAGAGGCGCUUGCGUGCUUCUCACUGUGAUUUUUCACAGUGAGAGCACGCAAGCGUCCAUAGGAAAGCAUUAUGAAUGCUUUCCUAUGUGACCGGCUGAAGGCGCGCGCAGCUCUUGCCGCGCGUGCGCAUUCAGCCGACGGGGAGGAACGGAGGAGGAGAGCUCUCCACCCAGCGCUGGAAAAAGGUGGGGGCGGGAGGGGGACCCUGAGGGUGGGGGCACCCUCAGGGCACUAUAGUGCCAGGAAAACGAGUAUGUUUUCCUGGCACUAUAGUGGUCCUUUGAGGGACUAGAGUGCAUGUGCAGCUAUCAUUAUUCAUCUAUAGAGAUCCAUCAGUAUAUCUCUAUGGUGACUAUUUGGCAUCUUUAUGUAGAGUGUGACGACUCUAAUCAUCAGUCCUGCAUAGAUACAGUACUACAACAGGGUACCUCUAGUGGCUGCUGACUGACACACUAGAGGUGGUUUAAGGACAGAUAUAAACAUUACCUUUUCUCAGAAAAAGCAGUGUUUACAAUUGUUAGACAGCAGGGACAGAUUUGCUCUUGAACCACUACAUUAAAGGGACACUAUAGUCACCUGAACAACUUUAGCUUAAUGAAGCAGUUUUGGCGUAUAGAACAUGCCCCUGCAGCCUCACUGCUCAAUCCUCUGCCAUUUAGGAGUUAAAUCCCUUUGUUUAUGAACCUCCCUGCAUGUGACUUGCACAGCCUUCCAUGAACACUUCCUGUAAAGAGAGCCCUAUUUAGGCUUUCUUUAUUGCAAGUUCUGUUUAAUUAAGAUUUUCUUAUCCCCUGCUAUGUUAAUAGCUUGCUAGAACCUGCAAGAUCCUCCUGUAUGUGAUUAAAGUUCAGUUUACAGAUUGAGAUACGUUUAAGGUAAAUUACAUCUGUUUGAAAGUGAAACCAGUUUUUUUUUUUUUCAUGCAGGCUCUGUCAAUCAUAGCCAGGGGAGGUGUGGCUAGGGCUGCAUAAACAGAAACAAAGUGAUUUAACUCCUAAAUGACAGUGAAUUGAGCAGUGAAAUUGAAGGGGAAUGAUCUAUACACUAAAACUGCUUUAUUUAGCUAAAGUAAUUUAGGUGACUAUAGUGUUCCUUUAAGCCGUAUUGGUUCUGGUGCUUAUUUUCCCUUUAAAGGCUGUCUGAGUGUCCACAUACAUCGGUGCUAGCAACAUAUAGUGUUACUGAUAUGUGGUAUUUGUAAAAUGAAUUUUCUUACACAGGAUUUGACUAUAAAUCCAAUUUACUAGUAUUGCUUGGAAUGAAAGGGAGUGUAAAAGAGCUUGUAUGUAUAACUUUAAAUAUUUGCCAAUCUUAAAUACAGCUCAUAGAGCUUGGGGAAUGUUUUACUGUGAUGUUGAUCAGCAGUGAAGAUUUGUGAGUAUAGUCCAAAACGUCUAUUAUUUCAGGUUCUGGGGAAAGACCAUCCGGAUGUAGCCAAACAAUUAAACAAUUUGGCAUUAUUGUGCCAGAACCAGGGCAAGUAUGAGGAAGUGGAAUAUUAUUAUCAGAGGGCCCUGGAAAUCUACCAAACCAAACUGGGACCCGACGAUGCCAACGUGGCUAAAACAAAAAACAACCUGGUAAGUUUGGGACUUCCACAUAGUAGGGUACGAUUUUUCAUGUGUGCGUUCAGUAUGUAGAAUGACUUAUGUUUUUGUUUUACAGGCUUCCUGCUAUUUGAAACAAGGAAAGUUUAAGCAAGCGGAAACUUUGUAUAAGGAAAUCCUGACCCGUGCUCACGAAAGGGAGUUUGGCUCAGUGGACGGUAAGGAUCUCAGUUCAAAGCCUGGUUUAAAAGACCACACACGUUUUUCUGGUAUCCAUGCCAUUUCCAUUGAAAUACAUGUUCCAUCCUUGAAGGAAUUCUUGUUUUGAAGUUAACUUUGAGAUUAACGUGAAUCAUUUUACACUAUUACUCUUCAGUAACAUAUUCUAUUAUAAGGUUGUUUUUUGCCAGUGUUUGAAUCCUGUCCUAUUUUUUUCUUGUUUUCUAGAUGAAAACAAACCAAUCUGGAUGCACGCUGAAGAAAGGGAAAAAUUCAAGGUAAUAACAGAGUACCAAAAUAUUUAGUUCAACGGUAAAAUCAUGUUCCCAUACUCCUCUCCCUAAAUAACAUCAAUGUGUAACUUCUAAAAAUAUAUGGACCUAGUGGGUGCUGUGGCUCAAGUUAAAGGACCACUCUAGGCACCUAGACCACUUCAGCUUAAUGAAGUGGUCUGGGUGCCUGGUCCAGCUAGGGUUAACCCAUUUUUUCAUAAACAUAGCAGUUUCAGAGAAACUGCUAUGUUUAUGAAUGGGUUAAGCCUUCCCCCAAAGCCUCUAGCGGCUGUCUCAUUGACAGCCGCUAGAGGCGCUUGCGUGCUUAUAACUGUGAAAAUCACAGUGAGAGCAUGCAAGCGUCCAUAGGAAAGCAUUAUGAAUGCUUUCCUAUGCGACCGGCUGAAUGCGCGCGCGCGCAGCACUUGCUGCGCGUGUGCAUUCAGCCAAAGGGGAGGAUCGGAGGAGGAGAGCUCCCCGCCCAGCGCUGGAAAAAGGUAAGUUUUAACCCCUUUCCCCUUUCCAGAGCUGGGCGGGAGGGGGACCCUGAGGGUGGGGGCACCCUCAGGGCACUAUAGUGCCAGGAAAACUAGUAUGUUUUCCUGGCACUAUAGUGGUCCUUUAAGCUUGAAUAAGCUUAAAUGUCGCUGGUAUAUGAAAUCUGUAUGGUAUUUUACAUUAUUGGAUUUUUUUCUUCUUGAUCAGAAAUACUACUAAAGAAGAUGUAGUGACUUGCGUCUCAUGGAGUUUUAAAGUGGAAAGAUAACACUGAACUACAACUCGCAGAAACCCUUGAUUUUUACCCACAAUGCAUUGCUUUUUGGAUUAGCUCUAGGAUAUAGAAGGAUGAGUGGGCAUCAUGUUUAAGUGGUUACAACCAUGUUCACUACAGAAUCUGCAAAACCUGGGGAAAUGCAGCAAAAUCAAAUCAUAAUAAAUCAUAUUUUAAUUUUCUCUGCCAUGGUUAAUCAUCAUUACAUUAGGAAAUCCAUCACAAAACUGAAAUUAAAAUGGGAGCAAUAAGGGACUCUGUACUCCUCUCACUCAUCAGCUCAGUAAUUGGAUUGUCUAGGUUUUUAGUAUCAAAACGAGCCCUGACAUAGGUGGCGUCUCAUAAUCCCCUAUCACAACACAAUCAACAUAUACAUUUUAAUACCGCUUUGUAAGAGUGUAUAUUCAAGUUACUGCUGUUUAUCAGAGUUUCAUAUCAGAAAAUCAUUGAAAAUUUAUAAACCUUUUUUUUGAAUUUGUUUUAAUUUGUAUAUUAAUGUGUUUUUACAAGUGAAAAUCAAAACCGUGUAGCUGUUGUCCAUGGUUUACUUUGCUGCUUCCACUUAAUAUAUGUCACUUAGACUGUGGCCUUGUGUUUUAGGGAAAGCAAAAGGAUGGCACAUUUGGAGAGUACGGUGGCUGGUACAAGGCCUGCAAGGUUGAUAGGUAAGUGUACAAUAAUUUAUAUUUAACACGUAGAGCAGAACAUGUCCACUGUACAAAAAUAAGAGACGUUCUGUCACAUGGGUUUACCAUUGAGAGAUGACUUUGUAACCCCUCCUUGGUCCAUAUGCUAAUUGCAUGUGUUAUGAAAUGUAGAAGUGAUAAUAUUGUUUGCACGUACUUCACUUAUUUUAAAGUAAUUUUGCAAUGCAAAUUUUGAAAUUAAAGUGAGACACGCCAUCCUACGAUUAACAGUCCUAGUUGUUUUUGCUUUAAUAUGUGAGUGUAUCAUUCUCCCCUUCUUACACCUCUCUAUCCAGUCCGACAGUCACUACUACACUGAAGAACCUUGGAGCACUUUAUAGACGUCAGGGCAAGUUCGAAGCAGCAGAGACUUUAGAAGAGGCAGCAAUGAGGUCAAGAAAGCAGGCAAGUUGUGAUCUUUGUCGUGUUUGCACAUAAAUCCAUCAAUUUCCUUUAGUGCAUGUAUGGAAUAUUAAUUUUCCCUAAAUCAUUGUUUACCCCUCUUCAGCUGUUUAGACAGUAGAACUCUUUCUGUUUGGCCCCUUUCAUUUUAGAAAUCCCCAUGCAUGUCCCAUGGGUGUCUUAAACCACCCAACAUGUAUGAUGCGUUGAAGCACUAAAACAAAGCAGGCUUUUAAAAUAAAUCAUUUUGUAGAAAACUGAGAUUUUAAUAAUCACCAUGCAGUAGAUUCAGUUGUGUUCAUAAGUGAUAGUAGCUGUUUCCUUGUGUUAAAAAGCCACAUUGGUUGCUCCCAACUAAUUUGCUGUGAAAAUAAAAUGAGUUGCAAGUUACUAAAUGCCCCCACUAUAGUGCCCUGAGCAGUUAAAACCCCUUCAGCAGCUUACCUUAUUCCAGCGCUGGGCUCCCUUGGCGCUGGUGAACUAUCCUUCCCCGCAGACGUCAGCUCCCUCGUGCAAUCAGGCUGUCCUAUAGACGCUCUGCGUGAUGGACGCAUUAUAUGCCUCCAGCAUCGCAGAUGCUCCUCUAGUGGUUGUCCGGAAGACAGCCACUAGAGGCUGGACUAACCCCAAAUGUAAACAUAGCAGUUUCUCUGAAACUGCUAUGUUUGCAUCUGCGGGGUUAAAACCUGAGGGACAUUGCACCCAGACCACUUCAUUGAGCUUAAGUGGUCUGGGUGACUAGUGCCCCUUUAAUGUUGUCAAUGGUUAGCGGAGAGUGGAAAAUGUUAGCCCUGGUAUAAGGGUAUAUUUGACACUAACCCUGUGCAGGUAGGCAAAGCAUCAAAUUUAAGAAAUUGAGCGUACUGCGCUCUUAAUGGGUGUCAACUUUAGAAACAGAAGGACAUGGGGGAAAAUGCCUCAGUACCAAAAUAUUGCAACUGAGUUGCUUUAAAACCCUGCCUCUCUGCUGAAUAUUUUAUUUAACUUUCGUUGUUUUUGGUGAGGUUCUCUUUCAUUGCAUAUUGUGAAAUGUAGAUUCCAGUGUACUGAGCAUGUUUGUUAUGUUGAUUGUGUUGUCAUUUUGUUUCUGUAUAAACCCUCUCACCAUAGCUUCACCUCUAUCAUUUCAUUAUCACUGUGUGUCUUGCUGUACUAUUUUCUUCUUUCCUGCAAAUGGGUCUCAGGGACUUCUUCCUCCUUUACUUGUAACUAAAGGGUGCUGUCUCACAGGGACUAGACAAUGUCCACAAGCAAAGAGUGGCAGAAGUAUUAAAUGACCCCGAAAGCAUUGAAAAGCGAAGAAGCCGAGAGAGCCUGGACGUGGUAAAGUACGAGAGUGGCCCAGACGGAGGGGAGGAAGUGAGUAUGAGCGUUGAGUGGAAUGGGGUAAGUGCAGUACACAUGUUCUCAAUCUGUAACCAACCUUAAACUGCAUUAACACAAUUGGCAUGCCGUUUAAUCACCUUAUACAAUAAGAAAUCUCUUGCCUGACUCUUAAGUCUUUCACCACUUUUUAUCCGGCCUCUUUUCUGAAAGUCUUGCAGUGCUGAUUGAAUGUCUACUUUUUUGGCACUUUAUUAUUUUUAGUAUUUUAUGGUGUACUUUAGCUCUCUGUUUGAAAUCGUAUAUCUAUUUAAGUGAUAUAAGCAGCCCUUUGGAAGGCUUACACCCACACAGUCAACAAAACUCUUCCAACAUCACAGCAACUAUGCCAGGGCUGAUUGCUCUGAUCAUGGUGCUAGGAAGAUUCUUCUGCAGUCUGUCUGUUUAAAACCCCAGGCUUAUUAUUGUGUUAAAUGUCCAUCACCCAAAUUCUUCUGCCUCUCCCUUUAACUUUUGCCAUUCAGCUGUCUAAGUAUUUGUGUGGAGUGUUCAAGCACUGACUGUUCAAGUCGGCCCCUUGAUACUGCCGGAGGUGCCUACAUCAUAGCUUAGAUGACGAAUUGUGAAGCAGCUUUCGUUAAAUGAUUUCCAUAAUUAGCAAUCUGAAUGCUGGACACGUAAAAGAAAAUUCAAAGGAAUUUCAAAAGGGGAGUUUGCUGGUACAGCUUCUUAGCGACAUAACUACAGUAAGUUUUAGUAUUUAUGGUGUUAGGAGUGUCCCUUUACAAUUGUCAUGGAGCACUCUGUAUAUAAACAUUAUGGAUCUUAGAGAAUGAGUGUUAUUACAGUGAGAGGCCUGACCUUUGACAGGUAAUGAAUUGCUGGGAAAGAGAGGAUGGGGACAAUUGAAAGCUGAUCUGUUUGAAAUCAAAGGUGUAUUCUGAAUGGCUGCAUUGAGUGAUAUUGGAGCACACCCACACUGCACGAAUUGUGGGAUGCCUUCCUGGUCAUUUAGGCUUAAUUGCCGCUUUCCUUUUUGGCUGUCGUGUUCCUGAAGAAGGAAUAAUUAUCCGAUAUUUAAUUUCAAUUUCUUCAUUUUAUGUUGUUUUGGCAUAUGUAACACUUACAGUGCAUCUUAUUUAUGUAUGUCUUUUAUUAUUUUAAUAUAUAGUUUUAUAUAUAUUUUUUUUCUGUGAUGUCUCUUGUGACAAUUAAUCAGCACCUGUUAGACCUUCAUUCAAUUUCCUGUCCUCCGUUCUGUGAAAAUGAAAAGCAUGGGUCAUUCCCUAAUUUCUGCUAAUUUUGAACUGUGUACUGUGCUCUCCCCUUUAUUUCUGCUGGACUUUGCAUGUUGUGUAUUAAACUUUUUUUUUUUUUCUGUAAUGUUAUUUGAAAGAAGGGAUGGAUGUUAAUAAGCAUAGCAAAGGGUGUGGGAAGAGGAGUAGUUUUAUAUCAUUUUUGUUUUAUUGACUGUUGGGGAAAGUCUAGCAGUAUUUCUAGGUCUGUCAUUCACUCCCUAAUGAGUUUACUAUUCAUACUCCAGAUGUUAAUACAUACUUCCUACAAUUAUCAAAGUUGUUCUCGAACACCUGGAGAGCAGCUUGCCAGGAAUUUGUCACAUGGAUGCAAUAAAAAACCCCAAAAAUAACCAGUUUGUUUCUUCAUCUUUACUUCUCAAAUCCCAUAUUGUUAUGGAAUAAUUUAUUUUUUUUACUUUUUAUUUUUUUUUAUUUUAAAACUUGUAUGUGAAAAGUACCACAUUCCAUCUACUUUUUAUUCACAUUUAAUUUGCUUGUGACGUCAUCCUUUUGUACUUCUGUGGCCACGUGUAGUCCUCAGAUUGCCUGCGAGUUUUAGUAUUGAUGACCUUCUCCAUUUGGCCACCUCUCCUCCAUUGAGAAUGUGUCCGUUGCAAAAAAGGCAUGCUUUGUUUCAUUUAUCCAUCAUCCCUGCAUGGAUCGUGACAUAUUGCAUUUUAUUUAGUUCUAUUAACUAGGCACUUCAUGCUCAGGUUUCUUAGGCACAAUAGCUAAGUAAACGGGAUUUAAAAGCCUUGAGGAUUUAGUUUACAAUACACAAGGUCCGAACCUCUCCUACCUACUGAUUACAGGAUUAAAGUUGACUUCAGCAACUUUCCCUCAAGUGACAUUUUGCAAAGCCCUAGUGUUUGUAAACCGUAUGUUGCUUUGGUGGCCUGACACUGAAAAAUAAAGUCCCAGAAAUAAGGAAUGUUGCGGUGCUGCUCCUUCGCUGAAUACAUUUUAUUUCAGCGUGUAGUAAAGUGGGCCUGGCAGGGUUGCACUUACUGUGCUUGUCGGAGUCCUACGUUUUAAGUGGUGACACAUUGCCUGGUGCACUGAUGAUGUUGCACUGGAGGAGCAAUGUUGGUAUGCUCUCCUUACGGCUGCACUAUUGCGGUUUUAGGGGCCGGAGUAUUUGCUCAACAUUAAGUAGUGUAGAACAGAGGUAGCGCUAUUUUUUUAUCUAUAUAUUUAUUUAUUUUUUACAAUUAUUUUUUCUUUCUUCUUUAGAUAGCCAAUACUAAAGGGGUCUGUCUAAUCACCAUAACCACUACAGGCUGCUCUCGUGAUUAUCAUGCUUGCAGGCUACUAGCUCUAUCACCUAGCACCUCUUAGCUAAUUACUAGCAAUAUUAACAGUGCUAAUACAGAAAUUCUGUAUUAGAACUUCUAUAUCCGUAAUAUUGUGAGUUAUAGGCCAGGCCACGCCAAUAACCUGCUUGCACUUUAACCACUACAUCUGGUUAUGGUGCUCUGACUGCCCUUUUUAAUGCUAGCCAUUUCAAAACUAAGAAUAAAGUCUAAAGGUAGGGAAACAAAAACCUUGCUAUAGCUUAACUUUUAAUAUACCGUAUAUACUCGAGUAUAAGCCGAGUUUUUCGGCACAUUUUUUGUGCUGAAAAACCCCAACUCGGCUUAUACUCGAGUCAGUCUGUAUUAUGGCAAUUUAUAUUGCCAUAAUACAGACUAGGGGCUGGCAGAGCUGUUACUUACCUCUCCUGCAGCUCCUGCCAGCUCUCUCCUCCUCCGCGCCGGUCCGGUCAGCACCUCGGUCAGCUCCCAGUGUAAGUCUCGCGAGAGCCGCGGGGUCAUAGUGUGGCUCUCGCGAGACUUACAGUGUGAGCUGAGAGAAGAGCUGCACGGACCGGCGCGGAGGAGGAGGGAGCUGGCAGGAGCUGCAGGAGAGGUAAGUUACAGCUCUGCCAGCCCCCUCCUCCCCCCACUGAACUGCCAAUGCCACUGGACCACCAGGGAAGGAGAGCCCCCCUCCCUGCCAUGUAUCAAGCAGGGAGGGGGGACACAAAAUAAAUUAAUUAAUUAAUAAUAUAUAAAUAAAAAUAAUAAACAAAAUAAUAAUAUAACAAAAAUUUUUUAAAUAAUAUCAAUUAAUAAUAUAUAAAUAAUAAUAAAAAAAUAAUAUAACCAAAAAUUUUUUAUUUUUUUUUAUAAAAAUGCCCACCCCCCACCAAAGCUCUGCAACACAAACACACACUGCAUCACACACACACACACUGCAUCACACACACUGCACUCAUACACACACUGCAUCACACACACACACUGCAUUCAUACACACACACUGCAUCACACACACACACACUGCAUCACACACACUCACAUCACACACACACACUGCACUCACACACACACACUGCACUCAUACACACACACUGCACUCAUACUCAUACACACACACUGCACUCCAUACCACACACACACACUGCACUCAUACUCACACACACACACUGCACUCAUACACACACACACUGUACCCAUACACACACACACUGCACUCAUACACACACACACACACUGCACUCAUACACACAUACACUGCACCUCAUACCCAACAUACACACACUGCACUCCAUACCCACAUACACACACUGCACUCCAUACCCACAUACACACACUGCACUCCAUACACACCACUCCAUACCCACACACACUGCACUCAUACCCACACACACUGCACUCCAUACCCACACACACACUGCACUCAUACCCACACACACUGCACUCAUACCCACACACACUGCACUCAUACCCACAUACAAUGCUUUCGUUCACACACUGCAUUUACACACACUGCGCACUCUUACACACACACUGCACUCUUACACACACACUGCACUCUUACACACACACUGCACUCUUACACACACACUGCACUCUUACACACACACUGCACUCUACACACACACUGCACUCUUUAUACACACACACUGCACCUUAUACACACACACACUGCACUCAUACACACACACACUGCACUCAUACACACACUGCACUCAUACACACACACACUGCACUCAUACACACACACACUGCACUCAUACCCACAUACACACACUGCACUCAUACCCACAUACACACACUGCACUCAUACCCACAUACACACACUGCACUCAUACCCACAUACACUGCACUCGUACACACACUGCACUCGUACACACACUGCACUCGUACACACACUGCACUCUUACACACACACACUGCAUUCUUACACACACACUGCAUUCUUACACACACACUGCAUUCUUACACACACACACACACUGCAUUCAUACACACUGCACUCUUACACACACACACUGCAUUCUUACACACACACUGCAUUCAUACACACACACUGCACUCAUACACACACACUGCACUCAUACACACACACUGCACUCAUACACACACACUGCACUCAUACACACACACUGCACUCACACUAUACACACACACUGCACUCAUACACACACUGCAUUCAUACACACACUGCGCACUCAUACACACACACUGCACUCAUAUACACACUGCAUUUAUACACACACACUCAUACACACACUGCGCACUCAUACACACACUGUAAAUAAAUAUUCAAUUAAUAUAAUUUUUUUAGGAUCUAAUUUUAUUUAGAAAUUUACCAGAUGCUGCUGCAUUUCCCACCCUAGUCUUAUACUCGAGUCAAUAAGUUUUCCCAGUUUUUUGGGGUAAAAUUAGGGGCCUCGGCUUAUAUUCGGGUCGGCUUAUACUCGAGUAUAUAUGGUAAUAAAGUUUUAUUAAUGUUGGAUCAUAAAAUAUAUUACAAUGCAAUGAAAAAUAAUUGCUGAUAAAAUUGUGUUUGUGAAAAAACAGGGGGAAAUGUGCUUUUAAGGACAUUGUGAAUACACUUGGAGAAAUGUAGAAUAUAGAUUCAGUUUAUAGACCUGUGUUACUGAAAUAAAGUGUAAAUCACAACUACACCAGACAGUGACAUUCUUCCAGACUUUCUGGUAUUGGGUCGCUAGUAGACCCAGAAACUAUCUGGUUUAUACAUUUGAUAGUUUUUAUUAGCACAAUGUAUGGAUUAAAUAGUGGGACAUUCCUGGAAAAAGGCCGCUUCCCUAAAUCAAUAUAUUAGUGUUCCAUGUCCAUUUUAAACAUUUUGAUUAUUUUAUUGUCCCUGCAUGUGCUCGGGGAAAGGAAGUGCAUGUAAGCUUCAUUUUAACACAUCUUCCAUUAUUUUAUUUUUUUUGUACUGCUUACAAUCUUAUAGCUAUUUCUGUAGAACCAAUUUACUUUUUCUUUUAAUGAUUUGAUUUUAACAUUUGAUGGUACACAGUCUCUGUACAAAAGGUUCUACAACACAUGAAUAACAUACAUAUUUAAUGACAUUGCUAAUGUCAACCUCAGCUGCUGGAGGAUUAAUUUGCUGGUAAUCCUUAAUCCUGGUUUAUGUCUAAAGCAGGUGCUUAUUAAAAUCUGUUUUGAGCACUGAGAGUCCUAUCCGAGGCCUCCCAUUAGAGGUGAGGCAUAGUAAUAUUUAUGUAAAUAUUAAAAUGAGUGUAGUAUAUAUGCAUACAUAAUGAUGGCAGGUACCUGUAAUUCUGAAAUGUAAAAAUAAUAUAAAGAAAACAAAACACUAAGCAGACUGAAAGGACCUCAAGUGCCCAACAGAGCCAGGCAGGUUUUAAACCAUGCAUAAAUGGCUUGACAGCUUCCAUUUCUAUUUACUUAUUCAUUUUUUGUAGCGUCUUCCCUUGUAGAACGUUAGAAUUUUACCAUUGUAAAUCCAAUCAGUAGACCGUCAUAAAUUAACAUAGACCACCAUUUCUCAGUUACAAACUAGCUAAUCAAGUUGGUGGGAUUAAUAAAAUACCAACAUAAUCAGUUAUAGGAGCAGGAUUUAGUAAGUGCCACAAGUUUUCAGUAAGAAGGGCUUAUAUUCUAGACGCAAAAGUGGAGUGAUAAGUACAUUCCAAAAACUAAAGCAUAAAACGAAUCAGAGGCAGUUGUUUAUCAACUGUAGAACCUUUGGCAGCUGAUGUGUUUUAAAUCUCGUAACAUUCCUUCCCAUCUUUAUUGUAUCCAUCGUACAAAUCUAUCCUGCUCUUUCCUGACCUUUCUUAUUCUGCUUCGUAGCGUUACUUGUAACUAGAUUACCGUAGUUCCCUGAAGUAGUUUAGAUGUCCAAUUCUGCCACUGGAUCAGAAGUUAAAGCUGUGUUAAAACUUUUUGCUUUUCUCAAUUCAGAAAAUUAAAAAUUUCUUGCAAAAGAUGUAUUUAUGGGUGGCCUAGGAAUACUGUAGCUCAAAUGUUCAAAACUGAAAACUGUUGAUUAAUUUUCCAACAGUUUCAUAGAGAUAUCUUUUUCUCUCUCCCUCUUUCUCUCUCUCUCUCUGUCCGGCAGGCCUAGAUGCCUUGUGUGAAUCUAACUCUGUGUUUUGCAUGACGAGUGUCAACCAUCUAGAGCUUUAACCUCUGUCUCCAGUACUGAGCACUGUGCCCUAAACACUCCUUUUAGGAAACUUCUUCAAGCUAUCAUGCACUUCCCUGUAAAUUGAUCAUUUCGUCCGCGCUGAUACUCUUCCACCUGACUUUUUUUCUUUCCUUUUUUUUUCUUGUUUUUUUUGUUUGUUUUUUUAAGUAGUGUACAUCAGUGGCUUUGCCAAUCUGUAAUCUAGCUAUAAAGAAAUGUAAUCUGUUCAUUAAACUGUGUGUACAUUCUAUUAAGUCACUAAACGCAUAGGAGAGAACUUAUAAGCUAGUUGCUCUCUGCGGAAGGUCAAUAAGAUCUGAAGGUCCAUAAUGGCAUGAUCAGGACCUCUGCACAGAAAUUAUUCACUGUAGAGUCAAGGCAUGUGCUUAAAACAUCCAUGGAGAGACCCUUUAUUUGGAUACCAUCAAUAUGGAUUUAUGGAUCUCUGCAAUUAAUUUUAAUUGGCACAAGAGCGAAUACAGUCUUAGUGUGACCCUUUUUUGGCAGUUGUGCUUCUUACUAAUCUUUAAGUGUUUGGUGAUAUGUGUAAAAUGUCUUUCUAACUUCUAAUAAACUAUCUCCAACUGACCAAUGACUGUGUCUCGUUUCUGCUUGUUGGACUUUAAUGCUUGCGUGUCCAUUCAUUGAUACUCUAGAGCAGCGAUUCCCACAUUUUUAUUCGUUAUAAAGUUCUCAAGUGGUAUGAUCUUUGGGCCAGUUAAAACACAUGAUUUAAUUUUAAAUAAUCAUUUUUUGGUUAACAAAUUUCCUAAAUGGGAGCACAGCUCUAGUGUAGACGACCAUAUUCAUCUUUCUAACAAGUCUUUCUCUUUCAAAGUUUAGAGAAAAUGUUACCGUAGCAUGGUUGGACAACACCACCUUCCAGCUUUUACCACUUUACAGCAUGUCGUCAGGAUGAUGCAGUUUGUGGGUCAACACCUGGAUUACUGCACAUCCAGUCCAAGUAUUUGGGGUCUAGCAAGGUGUUGUCACAGAAUACAAAUGUUUUAUAGAUGAGAAAACACAUAAUCAAAUAAAACUAAAACCCGUCUGUGUGUCUGGUUUCCCCAAAUAAAGUUUAGCAACUGCAGCCCUUUCCAGAGGGAAGUUACAAGUUAGGCGGUGCAGUGUUGUCCCUCCAUGUAGAAUAGUAGUUUCAUGGCAAACUAUAAAUUUUUAGUCUUCCAGGUUAUUUUAUAAUCCCACAAGCGCAAUGUUUGUGUUGGUGAAUUACACAGGAGUGGGCAGCCACUACCAGGUUUUUCACAAAGCGUGAAUUUCCCCAUUUUUGGCAACUCUAGCUGAGUUGGAAACCUUCUAUGAGUCAUUUAGACUAUUUUGGUCAAAAGUUUAAAUUCCUUUUGAAUUCUUGACUAUUUUCACUUUAAUAAAUAACCUAAACCCUGUAAGCUUCAAUUACUAAAAUCUAAAUUAUCAGGGAUUACAAUAAUAAUUCAAAGUGAAUAGCAAAUUUUAGACCAAAGUAACCCAAACCCAUAAUGGACUUAGAGAAUUUUUCAAUUUCAGCUAUUUUGGUCUUAAAGGGUUACUCCAAGGAUCUUGAUUUAAAGUGGUCAUGGUGCCUGGAAUCUGUAUGUGCAGUGUUUUACUUUGAAAUGCUGCACAUACGGGGUGUUAACCAUUCUGCGGCCGGAGGAGAAACUUCACCUCUAUCAGCGUCACUGGGUCAUCAUCAUCCAGCCUAGAACAAGAGUUCCGGGCUUGGUAUUGUCAAUUCUGAGCAUAUUUUUAUGCACAGAAGCUCAUUCGUUGGAUGUUAGUGGUCAGCUGAUGCACUCAACCAAUGAAUGAGAGUCUGAAACUGCAUCCGGGUUCUGCAGCUCUUCAGAAGCCAUAUAUAUCGUAAGCCAGCACCACAGGAGACCAGACGGCUGGCAGGGACAAAGCAAAGCUUUACAGUUACCAGGGAAUGGAGCCAGAGUACUCCUGUCAUCAUAACCACUUCAGUUGGUCAUGGUGGUUAUGAUCCUUGGAGUAAACUUUCAAAUUGUAAAUGAAUUCCAGGCAAUUAACAAUUUAGUAAUUAAAACAAACAAAAUCCUGUAAGAGUCUUGGACCUUGAAAUUAAAGUGAAUUAUUGUCUGGGAGUAAAGGGUUAUGUUAACUGUACAAUGGUCUACAUUGAAAUCCGCUUCUCAUCAGCGCUAACUGCAACAUGGAAGGUAAAGCAUUUAAUUUUACCUAAUAUUACAAAUGUAUGUUUCAUUUCACCUUUACAUGAGCCUUUUCUCAUGUGGAAGUCCCUGCCCAUGGGUCUAAUAUUUAAAACAGGGUUACCCAAAUGGUAGAUUCCCGGUUGUUAUGAACUUUCAUCUUCCGUGAUGCUUCUAGAGCAUCAUGGGAUUUGUAGUUCUGCAACAGCUUGGGAAACUACCUUUUGAGCACCCCUGAUUUUAAAGAGAUAUUAGGAUGCAACGGUGUUAAAAAUUCUCUGUCCUCUCUGCCUUAGAAUGUAUAAACAACGAAACACUCUUAAAGUAGUAAGUUGUGUUUAUCAUGUUCACUUGUCUCGCACGGUAUAUGGAUGUGGUACAUUUUUUUAAACUAAUCCUCCAGCCAGUUUAUCCACAAGAUGAAAACAAACUAAAAUCUAAAAAAAAUGGUUUUCAAUAUUGGAUAAAAUACUGUAGAAUACAGCCAUUUUUUUUUCUUCUUCCCCAUCAAAGCCUGGUUACAAAAAUCAAUUGGGCCCUUUUUUUAACAGUGUGAAAUUUUAGACUUGUAUAAUAAAAACUGACUUUUCAUGCCUGUUAACCUUUUAUUUUUAGGAUGGCACUGGAUCUUUAAAGAGGAGUGGUUCCUUUAGCAAGCUCCGCGCUUCAAUUAGGCGCAGCAGCGAGAAACUGGUUAGGAAGUUGAAAGGAGGAAGUUCACGAGAUGGUGAACCAAAGAAUCCUGGGUAAUUAUCCAUUGCUGGCUGGCUUUCAGUGCCCCUGCCAAAAUGUAGCUUUGCACUGUGAUGUAAGGAGAUGAUGUCUUAAUGAAAUGUGGAUAAAGUAUUCAGGGUCUAAGGGCAUUCUAUCAUUAAUUCACAAGAUCAUUUCUUGCUCUUUUUACUAUACUGUGUGAGACAGAUGUUCCUUGCUUUAAUCUAUGUGGGGGAAAAAAAUGUGCAGAGCAGGCUCUCUUCAACCUCUGUAUACCAUCUAAUUAGCAGAAAUUGUUCACAUUACGUCUUCCAUUCUAAAUAAAGCUCCCCCCCCCCCCUUUUUUUUUUUUUGCCUGUUUUUAUUAUCACAUAAUUAUAGAUCAGAGUGGUUGCAUUUACCAUUCCUUUGUGAUUUCAGCACCAUCACUGAGUCCAUCUGUUGGUGGGUUAAAGUUUCUCCGUUACCUGGAUGAACGAAAUAAUCUAUUGUGAAAUUUAAUUGCUUUUUGUUGUUUGUGUUUUUUGUUUUUUUUGUUUUUUUUUAAAUCUGCCUUUUUAUUUGAGCAUAUAAUAUAGUGGUUCUUAAGCAUUCUGCCUAGAUCAAGCUGUCUAAUACAACAACAAAAAGUGAAUAGACAUGAAAUUAUCUACUUAUUCCAAAAGUUUAAAAUUAGAAUUUGGGUCCGUUAUGCUUCUGUAUGGUCAAAUUCAGCUGCACACAACCCCAAAAACAUUUAUUUAUUCAUUUAUUUUUUUAAAUCUGAAAGGCCUCCUGGCACCAUUUAGAACCACUCGUUUAACCUAUUGUUGCAAGAAUCGAUGCACAGAUUCCUUAAACGAUUUACCUAAUAAGUUUGUUCUUCCUGGGGGAUUCAUUUUUCCCUUUGCUUAUACGUAUAAUUUCCUGCACCACUGUAUAUUGUCUUUUUGCUCCUGCAAGGGAAUGAUGUCCUCAAUUUGAAAUGGCCUAGGCUCAGUUGAGCUUUAGAUAUUAAUUAUAUUGUUGUGAGUUCCAAAAAUGCUCUUUUGUAGGCGACACUUAGACUUUUGCUAAAUCAUGGGUAUAUGCCAUAGAGGUGAUUGAAUAUCAGAAUAUCACAGAGAGAUAAUCACUGGGGAUGGAGCUGGUGAUUGGCACAUUAAAGAUCAGUGAACCAUUUUCAUGGAUAAUGUUUAAAAAUUCCUAAAAUUUUGUGUUUCAGCUGGUUUCCUUUUCUGCACAUAUACUAUAUAUAUAGUAUAAUUCUUAUAUGUAAAGUUUACCUUUUAGUACACCCUGUCUUUUACUAUUGCUUUAAAUUGCACAGAUACCGCAAGGAUAUUGCCCUCAAGCCAUUGCAGCAGCCAUUUUGGUUUUUUGGCGUGUUGCUAAUUUGUUAUAUGAUGCUGCUGUUGCGAUUAGCACGAGAACCAACCUGUACCUCUGAUAAGCCAACCUUUUUUUUUUAAAACUUUUGUCGUUCUCAGUAAAUAUUGUACAGCUGAGGAAAAAUGUGGGAAGAAUUGCACAAAUACUUGAUGAAAUUGUUAAUAAAUGAACUAAGGUUAAACUAGCAUUCAUUGCUUUUAUAUUUUUAAAAGUUUUUUUAUUUUUUAUUUCCUAAUGCCAAGUGGUAACUGCGUGUGCCAAAUGGUAACGCCACAGAAUGUCUAUUGUCAAUGCUUAUUCUAAUGAUUGUAUUACGUUUGUGCUGUUUAACGUGCUAAUUUUUGCUAACCUUCCUUUGUGUGCCUGCUUUAUGUCCACAGGCCUGCUCUCUGCUUGGUCCUGAUACUAAUGCAGACUGUCAUCUGCAAGUCCUUUUUUCCCCUAUUACUGCUUCUCAGUCCUGUUCAUAACACGUUUGCAAAUAAUUUCAGCGUGUUUUUGUUAUGUGACGCAAACUCUUUCCAGUUUAAGAAUUUACUUGGAUUAUUACAUUUAAAUAAAAGACACAUUAUCCUGGUACUUCCAUUAAAUAAUUUCCAAAGCAGGAAAGAACAGUUUGAUACCAGGAGAAUUGCCAGCAAUUUAGAACGUCUUAGGUAUAUCUAUAUAUAGUCCCAAGUAAAAAGGGUGGAGGAGGUGCCCCUAAAUUUGAAUAGGUCAACCAGAAAGGGGGGGGGGGGGAUUGUUAACCCCCAAACAGACCAUGCUGCCUGUCAUGAUUAGGGAAUAAUAAUGCACAUUAGGUGAAGACCAACAUUCUGCUUGCUUUUCAAGUAAUGUGUUGCAAAGAAAAGUCAACAGUGUUCUAAAUAUUUACUUUUUAAUUUAUAUAAAAUUUCUUACAAUUGCUUUCAGUUCAGCUAGAGACAAUGUGCAGUUAAAGGGUUACACCAACCCUUAUUAAUAUGUUUAACCUAUUGGGUAUUAUUCUGUAGGUUCCCCCACACCCCGAAUCGAUUAAAAAUAGUUUUGAAAGAAGUUCUACUUGCCUUUAUCCAACGCUGGUGUUCUGUCACAUUCCGCUUCCUAUCAGAAUGUGUUUCCCUCACAGCACGGUAAUCAUCGGAACUCCUUCUUGGUGUCUGAAAAGGCUGCUCAACAAGGUUCUGCAAGGUAAGUAAUGUUACUGUCACAUAUAGUUAGGGGCUCCACUGCAGCACUUGGGACAUUUAGGGUUAGGAAGUAAAUAUUAUUUAGCCUCUCUUAAUAUAUAAUAAUUGUAAAUGUAUUCAUUUAUUUUUCUUAGGUGUCCGUAACCUGUAAAUAAAAAUUGACUCCCUAACUCUAACCCUAAUUUUAACCAACUCCUUAACCUUAAUGUCCCAGUGUUGCACUGAAGUCCCCAAUACUAAGCUAAGAGUGACAGUAACUUUACUCACCUUGCAGGACCUCGCCGAGCAGCAUUUUUAGACCAAGGGAUUCUGAGGGUAGAGGAGUUCCAAUGAUUGCCAAGCUGUGAGGAGAAACACAUUCUGAUAGGACACUGAAUGUGACAGAGCGUAGCUCCUGGUGCUUUUUUCAACGCUCACAUCUUACAUAAUCUGCAGCAGCGAGCGAAAGAGAAGCCUUUCAUAGGCCUACUUAGCUGGUUCAGAGUGCAUGCGCAUCAUCUGUUCCGGGGAGGGGAUAAAAAAAAAAAAAACACGGCGAUAAGGAGGUGGGAGGGGACACACAAGACCCCCCAUGCAGGCUCUGCAAGAAUCACAUUGUUUGUCGCCAGCGUGCAGUGCGUGCUGACAAAAGAUGUAUUUUAUACAAAGAAUUGACAUUGGCAUCCCAGAACUGAGUUUUUGGCUGCCAAUGCUACGUGUGCUAUGGGUGCAACUUGCCUCUGGAUGUGCAGGGUUUCAGUUUGAAAUCCUACACAUUCAGAGUCUUGCCACUAUGACCACUUCAAAGAAGUGGUCAUGGUGGUUAGAGUAACACUGCAAUGAGACUCUUUGUUUGUACUAUAUAAUGCAGUAUCCCCCGGUUAUUAUCAUUGCCACUACAUUUCAUAUUUGGAACAUCUAAGGAGGAGCCCUGUUCUCCGAACAUCGAGUCAGUGAGUGGUCAACAGGCUUGGAAUACCUCAGCCAAAAACCAGGUGUGACGGUGUGCAGCUGUUCUGGCUGAAGUUAUUUAAGUUGGUUGUCUGCUCACUGAGUACACCCCAGCCUGAGCGGAAUUUACUAAAGCAGUGAGAAGGGGACAGCGAUUUGUUUUAGUGGAUGCUUCUUCUAUAACGGUCAGAUGGCCGUUAAUGGAGACCUCCUGUCCCAUAGCAACAGUGGAUUUAGGUAUCAAAGUGCGACCCUUAGAGAGAUUAUAUUACUUUACUAUGCAAUAUCUAGAUAAUUCUGAAAGUUUGUAACAUUGUGACCAUUAACCAGUUUCAGAAUGCUGAUUUAUGAUAACCAAUAUACAAAAACAACCUAUAAUAAUGUAAAGGUUCUUAUUGGAAAUCAGGGCUGCCGCCUUUUCCUUCUUUUUUCCUUCUCUGUGAUGAAGUGGAGACAUUAACCCUUUGUAGCUGUGCGUUCAGACCUACCGUGAUUCUCAUUGGUUUGUCCUUGCAUGUUCACUGUCUCGGAAUGCAGCAUGAAGCGCGCCAGCUCUCUGAAUGUACUUAACACGGGUGGCAAGGCUACUGAAGAUCUCGUGCAAGUAAGAAGCACUACUAUAUACUUACACCAUCCAUUAGUAGUACUGUGCAUGGGGCAGUGAUAUACAUGGAUAGAGAAUGUAGGGGUAAGGGCUGGGAUAUUUCAAUCAAUCUAGAACCCAUGUAGAGGGCAGUCCUUUAAUUAAAUCACUGGCUUCCUCUGCCAUGAAGGGGAAUACAUCAAAGAUAAUGUUCCCAUUUGCAGUAUGUAUUUACUAAAAGAUUUCAAUCUGUUAAUCCUGCUUUACUGAACACUGUCUUGUGCCCUCGUACUAACCCAAUCACAAACUAACAACAUUUAAUCCACCGUCUAACGAUACUGAAUAAAUCCUUAUCAGUGAUAACAGAUUUUUUUAUCACCUUUUUUACUAGUUUUUAGAUGUGCCUAAAGCUCACAAAACAGUCAAACAGUAAUGUUUUGAUCCUUAAAAUAUUUAAAACUAUUUGCCCACCCAAUAUGCAGUAAAAUGCUCGUUGUAGACCUGCUCUACAGUAGUUAGGAUUCUUUAUGACGAUCAUAAAUGGUAACCAUGACAACAGUUCUAUUUUAUGCACUGUGGGAAAGCCAUUGUAGUAAAUGUAGGCUGGGAUGUCAGUGAUAGUGUUUGCAGGGGUUUAUAUAAUUUUAGAGAAGUCAGUUGGAAAAGCAGUAAUUCUCUAUAAGGCAGCCAUAGUUCCCUACAAUGAAAGUUAAAACGUGCACUUCUAUAAAAUAUUCUAACAAUGCUUCUCAUAUUUGUUCAAAGUGGACAAUUUGUUUAGCUAAUCCAAUAUUAAAGUAUAUUAAAUGUGUAUACAACAUACACCUCUGAGUAUAUGGAACAGCAGUUUUUCUUCUUGAUGCCUUUUUCCUGAUAUUCAGAUUUAAUAGAAUUUAAAGUAUACUUCAUUUAUUUCCCCCCUCAGUUGUCUUUAGAUAUUUUAUUAUAAAAUUACAAUUUAUUCUCAAGUUAAUGAAACAUAUCCAGCAUUAGGACAGGGUAUAAUUGUAAUGUUUCUUUCACUAAAUAAGUUUUCCCCCACUUUUAUUUCCCCAUUCUAGAAAGUUGGCAUGUUUUGGGACCAGGCUCUGUAAAUGUAGGUCUAGCAUAAGCAAAGAGAAUGUUGUAUAGUAUAGACUCAUGUGACCGAAGCAAUUUGUAAAUUAUGUAAAUGCACUCCCACUUUAAAAAAGUAGUAAUUGUUUUUCAAAUUUUUUUUUCUUCUACACAGGAGCGAAAUAAUUGUCUGACAGACUUGAGAAGUCUCAGUGCCAGUCACACUGACUUGGCACAUUAAGAUUCACACGGAGACGCUAGCUAAAUUUCCUUUGAAUGACGACGCACUGAGACAGCCCUAACCUGUGCUUCCUCCCCUACCUGCAUAUGGAGGUUAUGCCUGUUUGAUAAUGGACUGCCCUUUUUACUUUUCUAAAGGAAAGAGAACUAGACUUUUUUUUUUAAAAAUUAGUGUAAUUAGAGUUUUAUUUCUUUUUAAAAGGAAUAUUUUAUUUAUAGGUGUGUGUAUAUAAAUUGCUUAUUGCACUGUGGUCUGUAGAAAUCUAUAAUAUAUACCGUACCCAAUAAUUGGUAACUGUUACAACAGCCAAACACUAGGUAGAAAACACAUAACCUCCAAUUUCUCUUCAUCUCAAUGAUAUCCAUCAUGUGCAACUAGUGACCCUGUCACUCAGUGAGCUGAUUUGUAAAGCAACAAUGAAGAAAAUAUAAAAAAAAAAAGUAGUUUUCUAGAAAAUGUGUUGGGUUUUUAUUUUGGGUAAAGGGGAAUUGUAAUUUCUCUGGAUUUGUAUUUCCUUAUCCUCGAAAUUUAAUAAAUAUGUUUUGUAAGGCGUGCAACUAAAUGUAGAGUUCCACACCUCUAUCCUACAACUGGAGGCUGCCAUCUUAGCUCCCUGUCCUGUCAAUCAUUGUUAUAAACUAUGUCCUUUUCACCUGGCAGUCAGCAUAGAUAGCAUACAGAGAACAGGAGAAAUUAAACAAUAUUACUAUUUUCAUCUAUUCUCAACCUUCGUGGUGUGUGUGCCCUGCUUGGCCUGAAUUGGGUGGGAUGCUGUUUUCUAAAUCUCUAAAUCUAAAAGUACUUUAUUUAAAAUGUGGAGCAUCCCAUGGGAGGAAAUAAAGGUUACCAUUACUUACUGAUGAGUUGAAUGCUAUUCAAUGGUGUAAAUUACAGAGAAGUGACAGGUCUCCUUUAACUCUUGUGAGAGCUUAAAGUCUCUAUUAUUCCAUCAUUUUAUAAUAUUUGUUUUUACGGAUUCAGCCUAUUCACAUAUCAGUGAUUGAGUCCCUCACUUGUAGUACAUAACUUGAUUGCUAUUAUUGAAUGAAAACAUGUCCUCCUGCAGACAUCUAGACCUAGAUAUUAAAGCUCACAGUAAACCAGAUUAACUCGUAUUAACAUGCGUGUGCAAAGUUUUCUAGGUUGUACCCCUUUCUACAUUAUGGUUAGGAUAGACAAUUUCUAAACCAGGCACAGUAAAAUGCAGAGGAACAAUACAUUUUAGUUUUCUUUCCUGAUUGUAAAAGUUAUUCGACUGAGCCAAUCCCCAAAAUGAAAUGUUUGUAAGCCAAUAACAGUCUAGUACGCUCAUUUUCAUAUGUUUUGUACGAUAACCAGUAAUUGUGAUGGGUAGAGUCUGACCCUAAUGUUGUUGGCUCAAAUGUGUUUGUGGUUUAAUGAUAGUCAUGAAAUAGAUUAUUUUCUUAUUCCUAUUCAGUAAUAGGGUUAGAAAAAAAUCCCUUUAUGUAAAAGGGUUUGAACAGGGCGUUCAGGUAACUACUUCAGUACCCAUUAAUGUACAAUUAUUAAUUUAUCUUCUGUAAUUCAGAUAUCUUUCUGUAACAAGGUUUGUAUCUCUCCACAGAUUUUACUAAAAUGCCCACUACCCUUAGCCAGCAUUAUAACAAUUCAGAUAUUUGUCGCUGCACGUAUUUGAGAUUAGUUUUUAUGCGGAACGGUUUAUACAAAGUUUCAGAAUAUUUUUGCUUUCGUACUGUAGCGAUGAAUGUGCUAAAUAAUAUCCUAAUGAAUGCUGCUAAUACAUUUUUUUUUUUUUUUAAAUAAACAGAGUUAGGAGAUUGUAGCUUGAUAAGAGUUCCUCUAAAAUAUUUCGAGGAGGGGGAGAUUAUUCCCAGAAAGGCAUCUGUACCACCUGUGAGCUGUAUACAAAAGCGAAGAUAUAGUUGCGAUAUUUUUAAAUGGUUACUUCUCAGAUAUUCAGUGGCUUUGGAAUAGUGUACAUUGAGGUAAGAGCAUUACCUGCCAUUGUAAAUUUAAUGUUUAAACCAGUGGCUCUUUACCUCUGGGGUGGGAUCCAAAAUCAGAUCGUUGUUCUGUGUCAGUGGUUCCCCACUAGCUGGAAUAACCACAUCAUAUUAUUUGGGCGCUUGUUCAGUGCAAUGAGCUCUUCUUUUAAGAUGCUUUGUCACUUCAGUGGUCCUUGCAUAUAUUACAAAGACCCCUAUUGUUUACAUUGCUGCGUGAAGUGGGAUAGCCGAGGGACGCAGUAGAGUUGAGAUAUAUUUACCAGGUGUUGUUGCCGCUAUCUUUCUUUAGCUUCAUCGGUCACGCUUGCAGAGUGGCACGGACGUCUGUACAGAAUCUUACUAUGGGAGCCUACAUAGCUAUUACCUCGCAAUUCGAGAGACAAUGUGUUUGUUCGUUCCUAAAGAGAGACAGUCAUCACCAGUGACAGCUGAGGGAAUUGUCAAAACCUGAUGGCAGUAGCUCUGCCUUUUGUUAAAUGGAGGGAAAUACAUAAUAUAAAGUAGUCAAUACUUUCUCAUGAUAUAUUUUACCAUUAAAUUGGUUGCAUAUUUAUGAUUUUUAUUAAAGAUUCUAUCGUAAUGAAACGCUCAAUUUGGGGGAAAGCGGGUGAAUGACAGCUGCUUUAAGACGGGAAGUAACUAAUAAGGGUAUUUUGCAGAAUUCUUUAAAACGUAUUUAAAAGUGAAGAUUGGAUUACUAUUGAAUAAAUUACAAAGCGAAAACAGGUGACAAUGCUUUGUUAGAUCAUCUGUGUAGAACAUCAGUCCAUUCAUGCCUACAACAUCUGUCUGAUGAAGAACUCUGCAAGGGCAGGCUAAGGAUUUUGAGCAUUAUAGUUUACGGCUGGAGAGAUAUCGAAUCGUCCUCACACUUGAGGUUUUAAGAUCCAGUUGUGUUCUACAUACUUUUGAUCAGCACAUGAGUACAAUGUCACGCAUAAUGUAGAAUCUGUUCUGCUGGGAGGAAAUUAGUAAUCAAGGACUUAUCACAAAAUAAAUCUUGAGGAGUUCAUUUAGUUACUUCCUUUAAUUUGACUACUAUAUAUAUAUGACAUGGCAGCAGUCUUGUGUUUUCAGCAUGUACAUGUGUGUCCAAGAAAAUGUGGUGAAUAUGGAAUCCUAACCGCUCUAGGGUGUAAGUAAAUUCUAAAUCAUGCAAAUUUCAUAAAAAUAGUAAAAUGUUAGAUCCACAAAAUCCAGAUAGGCCAUGUGUAAUUAAGAGGAAUGCAGACUGCUCCAUGCAAGCUUUAUGUGAUUAUUGGUGUUGGUGAUUCAUGAUCACACACGAGGGUGUUGCAGUUACAUUUUAUAUGCUAUGUAAUGUUUGUACAGAUUCAUACAGGAACUAUUCAUAGAUCAGGAACAAUUUGGCUGUAUGUUAGUGAACAUGCAAUGACCCAAAUGUAACUUAUCAAACACAUUGUACCACCCUGUGAAAUAUGUUGGUUCUUUACAAAUAAUCAAAUGCAUGGGUUGGUUUUAUCAGUUUGAAAUGUGCUUGGCCCUACUGUAUUGUACACGUGGAUUUUGCUUUUACUAAAACGCAUUGAUCUCUCUUUCUAUAAUUGAAAUAUAGAUCCAGAUUAGAUUUCAGUGAAAUAUGCACGGAUCCUCCGUUUACCAACAACACCCUGCCCCUUCAGAGGGUCAGCACAUUGUACACCCAACAUGCAUUGAAAGGGUUGUAUUUAGAGAUGGAUUAUUUCCACAUGGUAAAGUUGUAUGUAUAUUACUGUGCAUUUUUGUUCUACAUAUUAGUUUGGCUGGCUUAUAAUUUUUGAUCCUGACUGUUACAGAUGGAAUGGUUUAACUCGGACUGAAAAAGUCUCUGUAAAUAGAUCUUUGUAGUACCUGGGGUACUAAAUGAAUGUGUAAUUUUUGUAUUUUAAUGUGGUGUGUAACAUCAGUUCUUUUUAAAUGCCAGGGUAAUGCACUAUAAUGAUAUUAAUAUCUAAUAAAGUUCCACUAGAUUGCAUGUGAUUUUUUUUUUUUUUUUUUCCCACAUUUCUUCAUAUAAAUUAAAUUUAUGUAUCACCGCUGUAUGUAUACCAUGGCAGCAAAGGCC